AUUCUUUGCUUUAUCUCCUUGUAUGCUGCAAAUACGUUUGUUACCCAAAGCCUAUAUUAAAUGCAUUCCCCAUCCAAUAAGUCAGCGUAUGAGGCGUUGGGACCAUUUGAUGGCCCGCAAUGGCCUCACAUUGCCCCUCGCAGUACCUAUAUGAUGAUUGCUGUGCUCAUGGGUAUAGUGGUUUUCUUGGCAUUCAUUGUCAAUGGCCUAGUUAUAGUAGUCACCAUCCGAUACAAGAAGCUGAGAUCCCCUCUAAAUUAUAUUUUGGUUAACCUCUCAGUAGCCAACCUUCUAGUCACAAUAUUUGGCAGCAGUGUUAGCUUCUUCAACAAUGUGAUUGGAUACUUCAAACUGGGCAAGACAAUGUGCGAAUUUGAAGGCUUCAUGGUUUCCCUAACAGGUAUGAUGAGACUUUCCUAAGCAAAUGCUUGCUAGUGGACACUGUAGUAGAUAAUAUGCAAAUUAUGCUGUGAUCAAUGUAAAUAAUGUUCAUGUGUUCUUUUUCAUAACACCUGGAUAUGAUAUAAUGUGUAGAUUGCUGUUCAAGGAAAACAUAUCUUGUUUAUGUGUUCAUGUAUCUAUUACAGAAAUAUUCAGGGUAUAAAUUAUUUGUGGUUGUAUCACAUCCAGCAUCUCACAUUCCAGCAGAAAAACUGCAAGGAACUAAUUGUUGUAUUAUAUGUAGAACUAAUAUUUAAAUACACUGCUCCUUUUUUUUUUUUUUUUUGUAAAACUACACUUUCUGUUUAGCAUGUAGCAUUUCAAAUAUGUGGCUGUAUUUGGCAAUAAUGGUAUAUUCGAUAAGAGAGCCAGUCAUGCAUGAAAAGGCUUUCAGUGUAUGUAUGCAGAGAAUAUAUAGGUUGAGUUUUUCAUUAACUAGUUUUUCUGUAGAAUAGGGAAAAGAAAUGAAAUGUUGGGAGAAUUGACUGGUUUUUUAAAUUUAUUUUGUAUCAGAUUGCAAUGCUAAAUGACACCAAGAAUAUCUAUAUACAAGGACAGGUUCUAUUAAAUUUGACAUAUAGAGGUAUAGUUUUAUUUGUUAAACAAUGAUUCAUGAUUCAUCGACAACUGAGUUGCAAUAUAUUGAAUCCCGAUGGCUACAUCAUUUAUACAAUUUGCAACAGACUUGUGCACAAAUUCAUUUCAGUCAUUUGGUCAACUUGGUUAUCAACUAACCGCAAACCUCUAGAACACAUUUCUUACAAAUCAAUCAUGCAAAAUGCUAAAUAAAAAGAGGCUAUGUCUGCUGAAAAAUGUGACAUUAAAAUAAUUAAAUUUAGUAAUAAAUUAUUCACUCCUAAUUACCUCUUAUAGUGUGCUAUUUAAAACUAAUUGCAUUUUUUUAUUAGUUGUAAUCAGCUAUUUUUUUUUAAGUAUUACAUUAGUUUAUUCUUUGUGCUUAUAAUGUGACAUUAUUUAAAAACAAUGGUUAAGAAAGUCACGUUAGGAGGAUUAAGCUAUCAUAAAUCUUUAGUUUUUUUAAAAUUAAUUAUAAUGAAAAUUAUUUGUGACUUUUGUGGGGGUUUUUUGUGAUUUUUAUGGUUUGUCCUUUUGAUAAAGAUUUUUCUUCAGGUGAAAUUAGAGAAUUUUGUAUGUCAUAUCGAUAAAUGACUAAAACUAUACAAUACUGCAAAAAUAAUACAUGCAUGGAAAUAGAUAUAAAAUAGAAAAAAAAUAUUCUUUGUCUAUAUAGUAUUUAUUUGUCUGUCUAUCUAUCUUAAUGUCUUAUAUCCAUCUGUAUAUUUGAAACAAGUGAGAGCACUUAUGUCAAUAAGUAUAUGUUAAUAUUGUGCUGCUAAAAACUAGCCAAUACAUAUUAAAAAAGAAACAUAGAAUUUGAAUGACACAUUAAGACCAAAAAAAAAGUAGGAUUUCCAUCCACCAUGCAAAUACCGACCAUGCAUUAUUAAUGAUAUAUGUGUGAAAUUUCUAAAAAAAAACAAAAAAAAAAACCUGCUUACAAUUUGAUUUUGCUGUACAGAGGUGUAGCACAGAGGUUUGUGGAGAUGGGACUGAGGAGUCUCCCUCCCUGGGUAAUUACUCAAUGAACCCAGCAACAGGCUGUCUACGUUACAGCCAUGCCUGCAUCAUAUAAAUAUACAAAUAUUCAGCAAAAUGUAGUGAAUUACACUGCAAAUUGCAAAAUGUAGGCUAAAAUGGGCAAGCUGUGCCUGAGCUGAAAUCGAGUAUUUUGCUAAAUUAGUCAUAUUUGCCUACAAAUCUGUGGCUUAUUCCCUAAACUAAUGAAUUCAGUGUAGUGAAUAUAAAAAACGAACUACAAAGUUAAGACAAACGUUACAGAUUUGGAAUUUUGGAUUUUCUCCAAUUUUUCCAAUAGCCGUUAUGUCUGUUAAUGGCUUGAAUUAUGCAAUUUGUUUUUUUAUUUCACUACAAGCAACUACUUAGUAAAAAAACAACAAAAAAAAACUUACAGUUGCUUAGUAAUAAAUAUUGAAUAUUUGACAAUAAAUUAACAUUUUAAGACAAAAUAGCAGAGGUGAAGACAAGCGGAGUCGCAGGAUCUUUCCAAUUUGUUUGCUUUGACAUACAAUAUGUAAUUCCAUUGUCAGUCCUCCAUAAUUUCCAGUUCUGUGAAAAAAACUCCUGUCAAUAUUUGCUUACAUAGUGGGAAGGCACUUGCCUGGAUGCAUGUUUGAUUGUGCAUAUUUUCAGAGUGUUGGUGCUUAUUUGUGCAUCUAGUGCCAGUGUGGAUGCAUAUCUUUGCAUAUUAUGUCAGUGUGAAUUUGCUGUUAAUGCUAUGCAGCUAUGCAUAAAUACAAAAAUGUAGUAAAAGCCUUGAAUGUAUGUUUGCGUCAGGGUUUGUGAAGCGCAUUUUUCUAUUUGAAUGUUAUGCAAGGAUGCAAAAAAAAAACAUAUUUAGGAAUGUCUAUAUAUUUGUGAAUGCAGGUAUGCAAACAUAUUUGUGUGUUAAACCAUUCUGUGUAAAUGCAGUAUCAGACUAUAUGUGAAAAUGUGUUGGGGGGUUUUUUUUUGGGGGGGAGGGGCGGUAAAUGCAUGUGAAAGCAAGAUGCAUCUAUACAAUUUAUCAGUGUGUGAAUACAGGGGUACAUUUUAUGGACGUUUGUUUCUGUGUUUGAACUCAUUAGUGUAUUUAAGCGUGCGUGAUUCAGUUUUAUAACACGUUAGCUUGUGAGAACUCACUUGGAAUAUUGUACGCGCAGUACUGAAGACCGUAUCUCCAGAAGGAUUUAAUUCUUUAGAGAGAGUUCAGAGAAGGGAUACUAAACUGGUUCAUGGAUUGCAGGAUAAAACUUACAAGAAAAGGUUAAAGGAACUUAACAUGUAUAGCUUGGAGGAAAGAUGAGACGAGGGGAUAUGAUAGAAACAUUUAAAUACAUAAAGGGAAUCAACACAGUAAAGGAGGAGACUAGAUAUGUGCAAUUCGUUUUGGGCCAAAUAUGAAUUCGGACGAAUUUCGGACAAUUCGGACAUUCGGGUACUUCCGAAUGUCUGAAUAGUCGAAUUGCCGAAUUGCCGAAGUGCCGAAUUACCGAGGUCCCGAAGUUCCGAAAUUACAGAAUUUCCGAAGUGCCGAAGUUCCGAAGUGCUGAAGUGCCGAAGUUCUGAAGCACAGUAUUGCCUAAGUACUAAUAUACUUACCCAGUGGAAGAAGAAGAAUGUUACACUGAAUACAAUUUUAAAUAAAAAGUAUACAAACAUAGCCAGGAAUUAGCUGUAAGCAUUUGCAACACUUACAACAAUCAAGUAACAUACAUUCAUAUAAAAUGUAAGUUACUUGGCCAGUCAGUGUAAUUACAGGAAUGAAUAAGUAGAUAACUCCCUAAUUUCCACGGUAUUAGGGAGCUAUCUACUAAAAGGCUGAAAGACCUGAAUUGGUCUUUCAGCCAAAUUUACUAAUACUAAGUAAAGAUUACUUAGUAUUAGUAAAUUAUGCCCCUACUCACUAUACCGCGAGUAGGGGCAUGUCUAUUAAACAGUGAGCAGCCUGUGGACCUAUUGCCCCCUCUGGCCCCCACCCCUGAAUGGCGGGUGGGGGCCCUAAAGUAAAGUAAUGGGGGGGACCUAAUGUCUUCAACCCUGGCCCCCACCCCUGAGUGGUGGGUGGGGGCCCUAAAUACUAACUGGGGGGGACCUAAUGUCCUCUCCCUAGCCCCCACCCCUGAGUGGUGGGUGGGGGCCCUAAAUACUAAUUGGGGGGGAACCUAAUGUCCUCCCCCCUGGCCCCCACCCCUGAGCGGUUGGGUGAGGGACCUAAAAUACUAAUUAGGGGGGGGACCUAAUGUCCUUCCCCCUGCCCCCCUGGCCCCCACCCCUGAGCGGUGGGUGGGGGCCCUAAAAUACUAGUUAGGAGGGACCUAAUGUCUUCCUCCUGGCCCCCACCCCUGAGCGGUGGGUGGGGGCCCUAAAUUAGAAUGAGGGGGGAGGACCUAAUGUCCUCAUCCCUGGCCCCCACCCCUGAGCGGUGGGUGGGGGCCCAAAAAUACUAAUUAGUGGGGGACCUAAUGUCCUCCCCCCUGGCCCCCACACCUGAGCGGUAGGUGGGGGCUCUAAAUACUAAUUAGGGGGGGAUCUAAUGUCCUCCCCCCUUGCCCCCACCUCUGAGCGGUGGGUGGGGGCCCUAAAUAAAAAAAAUAACCCCCUCCCCCAGGUGACUAAGGGUCCCCAAACCCCUAGUCACAUCCUUCCCCCAAAAAAUGAACCCAUACCUACCCCCCUCACCGUAAAAAUACUGAGGGGGGACCAUUUAACUAAGUACCUGAAAAUAAUAAAUAAAACUCACCAUUUGAUGUUUUCUUUCUUCUAAAAUCUUCUUUUUUCAGCCCCCAAAAAUGCCAAAUAAAAAGCCAUAAUAACCGACGCACUUAAAAAAAAUAAAAAACAGGCGCAAAAAAAAAUCCUUCUUCGCCCAUGGAGGGCUCCGCGCAGACUGAGCUCUGCAGGGCAGACUGAGCUUAUAAAGCCUUGCCCCGCCCUGCAAUUAGGCUCAGAGCACUCUGAUUGGUGGGUUUAAGCCAUCCAAUCAGGGUGCUCUGACAGGUAAAUGAAGAGACUGACAGGUCUCUACAUUUACCUGUCACAGCACUCUGAUUGGUUGGUUUGAAAUCCACCAAUCAGAGUGCUCUGUGUCAUUUUACACAGCGUGGGAAAGUUCUUUGGAAUUCUCCCACGCUGUGUAAUUUGAUUCAUAACACUCUGAUUGGCUUAAACCCACCAAUCAGAGUGCUCUGAGCCAAAUUGAAGGGCGGGGCAAGGCUUUAUAAGCCUUCCCCCGCCCUGCAGAGCUCAGUCUGCGCGGAGCCCUGCAUGGGUGAAGAUGGAUUUUUUGGGGGGGCUUUCGGUUAUUUAUUUUUUAUUUUUUUUAAAUGCGUUGGUUAUUAUGGCUUUUUAUUUGGCCUUUUUUGGGGCUGAAAAAAGAAGAUUUUAGAAGAAAGGAAACAUCAAAUGGUAAGUUUUCUCUCUUUUUUUCAGGUACUUUCAGUUAAAUGGUCCCCCCUCAUUAUUUUUAGGGUGAGGGGGUAGGUAGGGGUAAAUUUUUGGGGAAGGGGGGUGACUAGGGGUUUGGGGACCCCUAAUCACCCGGGGGAGGAGGGGGUUAUUUUUUUUAUUUAGGGCCCCCACCCAAUGCUCAGGGGUUUGGGCCAGGGGGGAAGGACAUCAGGGCCCCCCCCAAUUAGUAUUUAGGGCCCCCACCCUCCGCUCAGGGGGGGGAGCAAUAGGUCCCCCCAUUAUUUUACUUCAGCGCCCCCACCCGCCGCUCAGGGGUGGAGGCCUGGGGGGGCAAUAGCCCCCCCUUUAGUUUAAAACCCCCCACUCGCGCGUCACGGGUGGGGGCUCGGGAGGGGGGACCCAUUUUUUUAUAUAUUUUUUUUAACAGUGAGCAGCCACUGGCUGCUCACUGUUUUAUAGACAUGUCCUUACUUGCGGUAUAGCGAGUAGGGGCACAAUUUACUAAUACUAAGUAAUUUUUUGCUUAUUACAUUUUUUAAACUAUCCUAAACUUGUUUUACACAUUUGACAUUUUUAAAAACUUUUUUACCGUUAACCCCUUACUAGCAGUAAGCAGCACUAACAGUAAAUUCCCCAAUUUUCCAUAACUCCCAUACACCCCAUCUAGCAAAAUAUAUAAUUUUAAAAUAUUUAAAUGAAUUAAUGAAAUAAAUUGAACCACUGAGGGUUAAAAAAAAAUAAAAGUUAACCCUAAGGGGUUAAAAAAAAUCAGAUCACAGUAUAAUACUGUGAUCUGUAUUUUGAUCACUGAAGGUAGUGAUUAACUGAUAGGGAAGGGGUUAAUUUUUAUUAGGACUGGGUAAAGAGGGGUAACAGGAAUGUGUAUACUAUCUUGCAAGCAGAUUUUUUUUUUAUUGUUAUUUUCUGAAACAAGCAGUGCUCAUUCUGUUCCAUAUAUGUGUGUCUUACACGUUUCAUUAGUUGCAUAUUUAAUGAUGACUCUCAGAGUAGAUUCAUUGACAUACUCAUCAGCAGACAUGGCAAAUUAUCUAAACCUUAAAUAUAGAAAAACAUUACUGAAACUGCUGCUCAUAUCUGUUGGUAGUCAGAAGGGAUAUAAGGUAGAUACUCUACACUCUCUGGUUUUUAGAGAGGAACAAGAGAGCUCUGCACCAGCAAGCACAGAGUUCCUUCCUGCCUUGGCACCUCUUUUUUUUGACAGAGAGGAAUUGCUUAGAUAUAAAUACUCAUACAGGAUUAUUCACUAAAGUUAAAAUAGCCCCAUACUGAAUGGGGCAAUAGCAUUUGCUGCAGUACUGGGUCAUUAAGACUGCAAAAUCUAUUGGCUUCCGUGGGGUAUAAAAUGUGACAUGCCCAAUUAAUAGUUUUCAUUUAUAUAUUUGAAUACGGCGUCUGGAGAGCAAGCUGGGCCCAGCCAUCACAUUGUUAACCCUUGCACUGCCAUGAGUUUUUUUUUUUUUAAAUGUUAGCCAGCACUGCCAGUUGCCAGAGGUACUUCAGAUUAUUGCUCACUUAUCUAAAAUUGUUAUGGUGUUUAGUGAAUAACCCUAUUAUUGAUGUCUAUAUGAUUGCCAUUGGCUAGCAGAUUCUGCCCACAAUUUUGACAUUAGUGGGUGCCAGGCAGAGUACCUGUUGUUGGCUGCUGAUGGAAAGAAUGGGAUGUGCAAUUCUCUGAUUUGAUAAGCAAACCGUUAUGUCUCGGGAAAAAAUUGUCCUGACUGUAGCCUAUGGAGCAGUGCAGCUAAGGGGAUGGGCCUUGACAUUGCUAGGAGACAGGCAUAGAAAGGUUUGAAAGGGUAUUGGUAGGUUCAAGCUCGUUGAUAGUUCCAAACCUUGUGUGUAGGGUAUAUCUCAGCAUACCCUUACAUGGAAAAAAAACUGGAAAAUCAUGCACUUGGUGUAAAUGGUUAUGUUUAUAUCUUAAUUAUAUGUUAUAAUGUGGUUUUAUUUAUUGUGAUGUGUGUCAUUAUCUGGGGUAGUGUUGUUAAAGGAGUUGGUCUUGAUAUGUUAUGUUUAAUAUGUGGACAAUGACCUUAACAUUUUCAAGUAUUAAUUAUAUUAUUAAAACUGUGAUAAUUGCCCCCCAAAAAAGGUGUCUUUGGGAUCUUGGGGGUGAUUUGUUAGUCAUAUGCCAAAAAAGGCCACUAUGCAUAUGUCAAGCUUAGUUCUGUGACAAUUACUUUCAAAAUCUUUGGACAAAUUAGCAAAUUAGCAGAAAACAGUGAUUACUCUCCCCUCAAUCCCUAACAUAAUCCUAAAUCUAGUUUAUCCAUAGGUCUCCUAAUCCGCCUGCUAAUGGGGCAGGCCAGCAGCAGCUAGAAUAUUAGGAAAUGAAAAACACACUAACAUCAUUCCCAAGUUAUGUCAGUCACCCUCCUAGUUCACCAAUGUCAGCAGUUGCUGAACUGGCUAAAAACAUACCAACCUGGUCCACAUAUAGUGUUAAGAAUGUGAUGAAGACCAUUAAUUUAAUUCAAUUUCACCAAUUUACUUAUAUACUCUAUAUAUAUAUAUAUAUAUAUAUAUAUAUAUAUAUAUAUAUAUAUAUAUACAGGACAUACAUGUAGUAGUUUGCCCAAGAUUAGUAAGAGUUACACUCUCAAGCAGUACCUGAAAUGGAAUAAAACAGCCACCGACUAGCACUGUAACUCCCACCAAUCUCAGGUGGCACUGAGAUAUUUUUUUUCCAGUGCAGCUCAUACAAUCAUAUUUUCCCCUUAACCCUUCACUUUCCUAACACAUUAACACCUGCACUACCCUAACAAACGUUACUACUAGUGAUGUCCCGAACUUUUCGCCGAACGGUUCACGAACGGUUCGCCACGAACGGUUCGCCACGGACUCAUCAUUGAGUAAACUUUGACCCUGUACCUCACAGUGAGCAGACACAUUCCAGCCAAUCAGCAGCAGACCCUCCCUCCCAGACCCUCCCGCCUCCUGGACAGCUCACUAAGAAUGCAGCUUCACAAUGGAUGCUGUCCAGGAGGGGGGGGGGGGUCUGGGAGGGAGGGUCUGCUGCUGAUUGGCUGGAAUGUGUCUGCUGACUGUGAGGUACAGGGGCAAAGUUUACUCAAUGAUGAGUCCGUGGCGAACCGUUCGUGGCGAACCGUUCGCGAGCCGUUCGGUGAACAGUUCGGGACAUUAACCACACUAUCAUUAAACAUCAACCCCUACACUAAACUAACACUGUCACUAAACAUUAACCCCCCACACUAAACUAACACUAUCAUUAAACAUCAACCCCUACACUAAACUAACACUAUCACUAAACAUUAACCCCCACACUAAACUAACACUAUCACUAAACAUUAACCCCUAAACUAAACUAACACUAUCACUAAACAUUAACCCCCACACUAAACUAACACUAUCACUAAAAAUUAACCCCUAAACUAAACUAACACUAUCAUUAAACAUCAACCCCUACACUAAACUAACACUAUCACUAAACAUUAACCCCCACACUAAACAUUAACCGCUACACUAAACUAGCACUAUCACUAAGCAUUAACCCCCACACUUACACUAUUACUGAACAUUAACCCCCACACUAAACUAACACUAUCACUAAACAUUAACCCUGGAGUACUCAAAAACAAACCAUUAAUUCCUACAUUACACUGAUACUAACACUAGCCCUAACCUAAAAAAAUGUCAUAUAAUAUAAAAGAAAAAUAGUGAUCAAGUGUGUUAGGUGAAAAUAACUCCAAAAUGAGGUCCUGAAGACAUUUAUAAACUCAACACAUAUAUAUGUCAAUCUCAAACUGUGUAAUAAUGUCUGCUCGAAACCGUGGGUGGUAGGAUUUAAGAUACAGCAUAAAGAAACCAAAUACAAUGAACCUGAGAGAAGGAAAAAAUAAAAAAGAAUUCCUCUCCUAUUGAGGUAGAACAUAAAUUAUGUACCAUAGGUGACAAAGGUUCCUUAUUUUAUUUCUUCUUCUACCUGGGAGGUGGAUGAGUCAUCUUAUUAUUUGUACUGCAAGUGGUACGACAGCAAAAAGAAGUUUCAGGACGGAUGAACUACUCACCUAUUUCUAACCAAACUACAGGAAAAGCAGCUUUUCAAGGUUCUUCAUUUGAAAUUGAGCUGCUAAAAUGGCCUAUUUAAAAGAAUCCAAAUGUGAAUUGGUGCCUUUGUAAUGAAUUUACAUUGAAACUGACUCAGUAUCAAUAUUGCACCAUUUGUAACAAUAUAAAUUUAAAAGGGGGCAAUUAGGUGUAUUGUUUUUUAAUGCCUCAGUUAAAGAGACAAUUGAGGCACCAUAAACACUGAAGAUCACAGGUGCUGUCCCACUGCACCUCCCAUUGUUGCUCUGACAGUGUAGUGAAUAACAUUAUUUACUACACUUUAUUUGAUAUACAAACAAGCAGAAGUUAAAGACAAGUUGCAUUGAAAAAGGGAAUACCCAAAAUAUCUGCUUGUUUGUAUAUAUCCUUCGAUUAAAUUUGAGUAGAACUUUGGGUGCACAUUGCAACUUGUUGCGCAGCCCCCAUUCUUUUGUUUUAGCCUGAGCAGUAACAGGUAGCAGUUAUAGGCUGAGAAUUUUAGAUUGGCACUCUAAGCCUAUCAUAACCACCCAUUGAUGGUAUGCAUUGGUAUGGCUAAUGUUCCAAUCUGUAUUAACUAAACCCCCUGGUGGAAACUGAGGUAUGGGUACAUUGUAUCAUUGGGUUGCUUCAAGCACUAUAUCCACUUCAAUGACUGUCAAUUUAAGUUAGGGACAGGGUUAUUGUUAAGUGCUGUGAGCCAGGGAUGUGUACACCACUAGGUUGACUAGACUUGGAUCUCUAAAUGGAGAGGACUGCGUGUGAUGUUUCUUGUAUUUGAGAGCCACCAUCUUCCUACUCUGUUAAAAGGCUGUUUGCUCACCCUUCUCGCUGGUCACCUCUUGUACUACUUGUGUUUCCCUUCCCCAUGUGGUUUGCAGCAGAUGACUUCUGCUUGAGUAGACUCUGCUAAGUCUCACACUAUACUGUUUUAUUAGAAUAAUGUAUGGUGGUUAUGAGAAUAUUUUCUGCCCUCACAUCUAAAGCCAACUUUUUUUAUACUCUUCUUUUUCAAUAGCAGUGUGCUGAAAGAAUGCAUAUGAAGACACAUUAUCUGUACAUGCUCACAUAUAUAGGAAAAAAGUUUGAAAACGUUUAAACUUUUAAGGAUGGAUAUUUUUUUACACCUUGAUCACAAUCUGGUUACUAAAGACCUAAAUACUAGCAUGGGAUAUAUUUGGUUUUAUAUACUUUAUAUAUAUUUUACAAUUGCAGAUCUAUACAACCCAGCGACCUAGCACCCUAAAAUGUAGUAUGUUCUGGAAUUAUUCCAAUCAUUCGUCCUUACUCAGAUAUUGGAACACUCCAAGCUGCUAGUGGAUUUGAUUCACUGUCCAUUGUAAAAAUAUGGUUACAUAAUGUAGAAUGUAUUCAUUAUUUAAUUGUCAAAAUAUGGUUAAUUAAUGAAAUGUGUUUAAAUAUGCAUGGAAUAUUAACCCAACAGAGGUGGUAUGAUUACUUACAACAUGCUCUGGGCAAUUUCUGCAUCUCGAGUUCAGUGCAAGCAAGUUAACCAAACCAGUAAGUAAAAUGACCUGUUAUCUGUUUGAAAAGCCAGAGGGGUGUAACUAGGUUAAUUUAUAAAAGUGUCAAUUCCUCUUGAAUUCUGCACUUUUUGCAAAAUGAAACCAAUAGGACACACUCUUCACACAUAAAGCUUUUCAGCAAGCUAAAAUGCUCUAGGGGUUUGCAGCGUCCCUGUAAGAUAACCUAGGUGAUAGUAAAAGCUGGUACAGUGAGAAUAGACUGAGAAUGUGCUCUCAACAUAUAGAGAUGUCACCAGGCUUAAUCACCCGAUACCACAAGAAGGCCAUAAUGGAAAGCCCAGCUCCACACCGGGCUAACUUCUCCUUCACAAGAUGUUUCAGGAUUCGCUAAGUGUCCCACUGCGUGUUAUAAAUAGAUCUGGAGUGCCACUGGUUCCCCAGGCCUUGAAGAAGGCUAAUGCCCCAGUUCCAUGAAUCCCCCACUUCCCAGUGAGAGAAUAAUGAGCCCACAGGCUCUCCAAAAGAUGGACAACUCCUUGGAUGUUUGGUUGUUUGGAUGACAGCGUGGAGGUGACUUCAACUGGGCCCCCAGCUGAGAAGAGGGAUGGGCAUCUGAUUCUGCGGGGUGGGAUAUCUGUGUGGCUGGAGGAGUAAAUAGGUCAGAUGUUGAUACAGUGCCAUAAUCUCUGGCAGAUUGCUUUGGACCUGGUAUUAAAAAGGGCUCUCCACCCAUGGGCCUCCAGGUCUUCACUGCAGCGUGAAAGUUAUGACGCAACAGCCAUUUUGGUCAUGCCAUGCGGUUUCAGAUAACAGGCUUGCAUGCUUCUGUAGAGGUGCGUAUGCUGCCCUGUGGGGACCAGGAUAUAUCCCAGUAGUCCAGAGGGGAGGGAAAUGGGGCUUUUACUCAGUACACCUCAAUUCUGGCUCAGUAUGAUGCUCUGAGUAUAUAGGUUGUUUGCCUUUAACCCAAAGCUUCUGUUUGUGGUAAUAACAGCAAAAAUUUGAAAGGUUUAAUUGGAGCCAAGGAGAGCUACAAAAAAACAUAUCAGGCCAUCUUGGAUGACAGAGGAUAUACGUAGGUCUUUGGCAGAGCGUAGGGGCCUCGACGGGACAUACUUGUGUAUUAGGAAGGAUAGGUAGGUUGGAGCAGCAUUAUGUAGGGACUUGUACACAUGCCACAAGCACCAUAACCACUACAAUACAAUUGUAUGUAUUCAAAUAGAUUAACCUUUUAUCUGGGGUUUACCGGGUGCCACUUCCAAUACAUCAGCCAGAGAGCCCACAGCUCUAAACAGGAGCUUCUGUUAGCUUUUCCGUAUGAAUCCCUAAAGUGCAGAGCCAGCUCAUUGGCUGAGAGUGUCAGUGGAUCUCUCUCAGCCAAUGAGCUUAGCUGAGACAUUGUUUUUCUGCCUAUCUGUCAGAUGUCUGACAGGGAGUAGCACCCAGCAGAGUUCAGGUAAGUAGUCAAAGUGUUUUAAAUUUGUUGACUACUUAGAAUUGGAGGGGGCUACCAGGGUUAUGGUGCUUGGAGUGUUCAUUGAAAAUGAAUUUUUCAAUAAAAGGGAAAAGCAGAGCUAGAAACUUAAAAACAUAGAAUGUGACGGAGAACCGUUCGGCCCAUCUAGUCUUCCCAAUAUUUUGCCUAUCCCACGCAUGCUUAAACUCUCUCACUGUGUUAAACUCUACCAGAAUAUUCCCAGAUCUGUAGGAGAUAUGGAUGAAAGGGUGGAGAUAUGGAUGAAAGGGUGGAGGUUAGCAAGAGGCGGGAGAUAUGGGUGGAAGGGGGUGAAAGGGAGGUUGGCAAGGGGGGGAGAUAUGGGUGAGGUGGGAGAUUGGCAAGGUCGGGGGAGGUUGGAAAGGGGGCAUAUGGAUGGAAGGGGGAGGUUGGCAAGAGGGAGAGAUGUGGAUGGAAUGGGGGAGGGGAAAAUAGAUGGAACGGGAGAGGGAGACAUGGAUGGAAGAGAGAUACUAGGGGGAAUAUGGAUGGAAGGUAGACAUAAGGGGGAGAGAUAUGAAUGGAAGGGAGAUAUGGACGAUGAGACAUGGAUGGAAGGGUGAAGAUAUGAAUUAAAGGGAAGAAAGACAUGGAAGGGGGAGAGAGAUAUGGAUAGAAGAUGAGAUAUGUGCAUGGAUGGAAGGGGGGAGAGACAUGGAAGAGGGGGGAACAGAGAAUGGAAGGGGGGUAGAAAAGACAUGGAUGGGAGGGGGGUAGAAGUGAGCGGAGAGUGCAGUCACAUCUUACCCUGCCUGGAGAAUGCUAGCUAGGGAGCGAGUGAAGCGGAUAAUGCAGCUACACCUAAGGUUUGACACCUUACCUACCUGUCUGAGACUGUAGUUGGCAUAGGGAAUGAGGGAGCAAGUGGAGUGGACAUUUUAGACAGUGACAUUACUACUAAGACAGCAAGUAACAAAGUGAAGCUUUUGAGUAAAUUAUAUGAAUGUACCCAGGAAUACAUAUUGUUGGAAUUAAACACGUAUUUUUUAGUUUAUGUUACUCUUGGUUUCACCAACUUUUAAAAAAGGUCUCAGAUGCAGUUACAUGAUGCUAUCUACUCAUCAUUGGUUAUUCCUGUCAUUCAAAGACAAACACAGUUAGUCCCACCAUACACAGUCACCCCCAAACCAUCACAAACACAAGCACACAUGGACAGCACAAAAUGAUCACACACAUUCUCAUCACACACAGCCAGUCCAGUGCUAUCACACAUUUUUUUAUCACAUGUACACAGCUCAAUAACAUCACACACAAACUAUUCCUAUCGCACACAGACAAUAUAAUACAUCACAUACAGGCCCCAUUACAGUCAGACAACCAACUAUAUCACAAUCAAACUGUAGCCAUUACACCGAGACAGCCCAACACACAGUCCCCAUCACCAAGACACUGUAAGACAGCCUGAGUUCAUUGGUCACAACCAAAGUAUUUGUUAGCUAUAAAAAAAAAUGUAGUGACACCAGUUAAGACUCCUGUGUGGCAGAACCGCCACUUUAGUCCUUUGUAUGUGUAUGGAAUGGCUGUAAUAUUUGUAUGUGUAUGCAGUAGAUGGCAUUCAGAUGCUUGUUGCCCGAAAGCCAUAGGCUGUUAAACUGUUAGUUUCACGAACGGUGUUAAAAUCCACCAUUUAUGAAAUGAAUUAAACUACCGAAUGGGAGACCACACACAGGGGGUCGUGUGUCCCCCAUUAAGGAUAGUUACAAUGUAACAGUUAAUUCAGGUAUAUGCGGGUGGCCGUGUUCGUAUGCCAAACACGUGGCGGCGGACAUCUUUUUCUCCCGAAAGCCCAGCGGUGUUUGGUCGUCGAGUGCCUGGAACUAAAAUCGGCUACUCGACUUCACGAGCACCGCUGGACUUCCAGACCAUUCGGAUCCUUUGUUCGUUCUGUAAAUUAACCAGUACAAGUUUUCCUAGCAUUGCCAUGACUGUUCGUGUAAAUAUAUAUUCGCAUGGCUUUCGUUUUCUAUAGCAGGGAUCUGAGCAGUAUUUCACCAGAUGGUGCGCUCAGGUCCCAGCCAAUUUGGCCAAUUCAACCAUAUAUUAUGCCUGUUAUGGAUUUUAAUGUUAAAGUGCCUGUUUUACUGUACGGAGAGAUAAUGGGAUUAUCAAUACAUUCUUGGCCAUUUAUCUCUCCAGUACAGUAUGGCCUGAUGGGAAAUGUGCUUGCCUAAAACCCAUGUAAAAUGAUUAAGGAAACCCCUUGCAUGGGGCACUGCAUAAAUACUGGAACUUGUGAUUAAAACCUCUGUUGACUCCCAGAACUGUGUUUCGUCUGAUUACUGGGGGUUUUGGGAUAUUGCCUUCAUUCAGCGCUUUUCUUGGAUUACUUUAUUCUCCGCUACAAUUGGUGGCAAGCCACGGGAUCCAACCUUACAGCCGAAAAGCGUCGUUCGUGCAAUUGAAACUGCCGAACGAGAAAGUGAAUGGCAAUUCGUAUGCAACAAGGAAACGAACGCAAAGGUGAAUGGAGACAGAUUAUACUGGAUUGAAACGGCAAACGUUGAAAGAACUAUUGGAAGCCAGGGGUAAGAAAGCCAGCAAUAUGUCAAAAGCUGUAAUUAUUGCCGAACUGAUGGAGGGAGACAGAGCUCGCAGUGCUACACCUCCACCAGACAUGGAAGAGACCCCAUUCCAGAAAGAGAUGAGAACCAGGCUGGAAUUCUUACCCAAUCCAGUACCUCUGGAAAUGCUGACGGUGCUGAUGGCAGAUGUGCAGGAGUAUUUGAUGGCACACAGACCGCAGGAUUUACCCUCCAGCACAUAAUCUACUGCUGCUUCAAUCACCUGGCAGGUAAAGCAAAACAUACCGCAUCAUGCUUUCAAAAUUUUUUGUGAAGAGAAAGAUGAGAUUGAUGGGUACCUACAAGACUUUGAAAGACUGUGUGACCUGCAUGAUCUGGAGCAGGCAGAUCAAAUUAUCUGGUCGGGCAGCAGAAGCAUACCGGGCCGUACUGGCAGGCAAAUUAUCUGGUCGGGCAGCAGAAGCAUACCGGGCCGUGCCCAGAGAGGACAGCAAAAAUAUGAUAUUACCCCAGAGCCAUACCGGCGCAAGUUUAGAGGACUGCGCAAACCAGAUAAAGAUUCCCACGCAGAAUGGGCACACAAGCUUGAUCAAGCCUCCCAGGGGUGGAUACAAGCGAGUCAAGCUACCACCAUGGAGGAGUUACGCCAGCUGCUAUUGUUGGAGCAGUUUUUCAACGGUCUGACACCAGAGGCACAAGAAGCUGCACGGCUGGCAGACCAGCACUAUGACACUAGGAGGCAUCAUGGCAACCCCAACCGAGGGUAUACUCGACCCACCACCCAGCCAUUUACAGCUGCUACCACCGCACCCACAACAACAAUCCUACGGACAGCGACUGGGGGACACCCCCCACCGUCUCAAUACAAUGGGCGGUCCAACAUUCAGUGCCAUACCUGCAAACAUGGCGAGAGAGUGUACCCAGAACCGGAGUCGUCAAGCCUGGAGCCAAGUAAGACAAAACCAAGUGCCACGAGCUGCCGCUCAACACUACCAGGCGGAGCCAGCACCCCAGGAACUAAUGUUUAAUCACACGGAAGAGCCCCUGGGAGUAGUACAUGAUGUGAUGUCUAUACAAGCUACAGACAAUCUGCAUCAUCAUCGCCAGAUGGUAACCCUGGAGGGGAGAGAAGUACAAGGACUCCGAGACUCGAGGGCCACUCUGACCCUAGUAGCACCUCAUCUGGCUCCAGGCUCGGCACACACAGGCAGAUCCGUGGCAGUCCGGGUAGCAGGGGGAGCGAUGUACCGAUUACCAACAGCCAAAGUACACUUGAAUUGGGGUGUGGGGAAAGGUAUGGUGGAAGUGGGCCUGAUGCAAAAACUGCCUGCAGAUGUUGUAUUGGGGAACGACCUAGGCAGAAUGACUUCGGCUUUUGUACUUCAAGCCCCUCUCCAAGAGGCGCAUCAUAUAACCACGAGGCAACAGGCUUGCACCACGGCUUCAUCCACAUACUCUGAGGCUCAGGUAAGAGACAAUGUCCCCCCUAUAACUCGUGUUCCCUGGGAUACCCAGACUGAAUUUGGAACAGAGGUUAAGGUAGACCCUACGUUGAAGGUAUAUCGAGAUAGGGUGACCUCUGAUUAGGCAGGAUUAGAGGGGGAGCGGUAUGCCUGGGAAAAGGGGUUUUAUACUGUAUUGCUGAAAGGGUGGUGGAAGGAUCUGUAAAUGUUACUACUAGACAGCUGGUAGUACCUCAGAAAUACCGACAGGAACUCCUUAGGAUUGCUCAUGAUAUUCUGUUGUCUGGGUAUAUAGGUAUGAUACCGACUGACCCAUGCAUUCUUUUGGCCAGGUAUAUCUAAAGAUGGUAGGCAGUAUUGUCAGACUUGUGAUAUCUGUCAGAGAGUAGGCAAAAGAGGUGACGGCACAAGGCCAAAUUAUGCCCACAACCCAUUUUAAUAGAGCCGUUUAGUAGGGUGGCAGUAGACAUAGUAGGACCCCUACCCAAACCCAUAGGCUGUUACAUCUUGACCGUGGUAGAUUAUGCCAUCAGGUACCCAGAGGCAGUGGCCCUCUCUAAUAUUCACGCAGAGACGGUGGCAGAAGCCCUAAUGAAAGUCUUUUCCCGUGUGGGGUUCCCACAGGAGAUAAUCUCAGAUAGAGGUACAUAAUUCACAGCCGAAGUAACCCACCAACUCUGGAAAAUAUGUGACAUUAAGCCUAUUGUGAAUUCUGCUUACCACCCUCAGUCCAAUGGUUUAUGUGAAAGGUUCAAUGGAACUUUAAAGCAGAUGCUCCCUACAUUUGGAGAGGCCCAUAAGGACUGGGAGAGAUUCUUAUCCCAUCUGCUUUUCGCCUGGAGAGGUACCUCAAGAGUAUUAUGCCUGUUAUGGAUUUUAAUGUUAAAGUACCUGUUUUACUGUACGGAGAGAUAAUGGGAUUAUCAAUACAUUCUUGGCCAAUUAUCUCUCCAAUACAGUAUGGCCUGAUGGGAAAUGUCCUUGCAAGUGAAGUCCCCCAUACAUUCCCCUGACUAAAACCCAUGUAAAGUGAUUAAGGAAACCAUGGGGCACUGCAUAAAAACUGGAACUUGUGAUUAAAACCUCUGUUGACUCCCAGAACUGUGUUUCGUCCGAUUACUGGGGGAUUUGGGAUAUUGCCUUCAUUCAGCGCUUUUCUUGGAUUACUCUAUUCUACCAGCGGAGAUAUUGGGAUUUAAUAUUGCAGCUCCGCUACAUCCUGUUUGUAAUGGGUUGCAGGACUGUACUGCCCUGGGGCCACUAUGGUAUGUGGCCUUUAAGAAUUUGGCAGUGGCGGGAUGCAGAUGCGGCCGUAUAAGUGUGUGCGAGAAUACUCUUUCGGCCAAUGUGAUGUCACCUUUGUUGCCGCCUGAAAUAUCAUAAUUAGCAUAUUUUUCCUUCUGCAUGGUGCAUGCAGGAGGCUGUUUAAAGUCGUUGGGCAAGUCCUGUGAGUGCAAUCUAAAUGCCAGGGUAAGUUCUGGGUGCUGGGGCAAGUCCUGUGAGUGCAAUCUCAGUGUUGGGUAAGUUCUGGGUGCUGGGGCAAGUCCUGUGAGUGCAAUCUCUUUGCUGAUGUAAGUUCUGGGGCAUGUCCUGUGAGUUGGUAUAAAACUUUUUAUGGGGGGCGGGCGUGACUUCGGCUCUGACCAAGAUGGCCACAUAAUCCGAUUGCUCCGCUCCACUAAUGCCCUACAAAGCUCUUGAUAAUUAGCUGCAACCGACAAAUGGGUCACAAUCACUUCCCGGAACCCCCCCAAACCCCAAGGGGCUCACAAACGGGACAACAGCAGGGUCCGAUGGAGGGCUUACUGCAGUCCCAGCACGGAGCUAGUGAAGAGGCCGUGAGCUCAGGGUCAGCACCGAUAUCCCUGGCCUACCUGGCGGGAGUAAAAACAUCCGCGCUGGACUGGAUUGGGGAAGAACUGCGGAACAUGGCAGUUUCCAUGGCUACCAAGACUGACCUGCCUACCCUCACCACCACCAUUCAGGAUGCCCUAUGAGCAGAGAUGGCGGGCAUCCGGAUGGAAGUAGCCACCCAAGUAGGCCGCAUACAGGCGCUGGAGCCCAAUCUACCAGGAUUGCUGCAACAGACACAGCGGUGUCCAGACAGGGUGAAAUGCUACUAACUAUGCGGAGGCACCUAGAGGACCUGGAUAAUAGGGGUCAGAGGUAUAACAUCUGGAUCCGAGGCAUACCGGAGGCUGAGAGAGACUAGGAAGCAGAAGGAAGGGGCCUCACUAAUCACUGAUUAGCUCAUGUCUCUGGGAUAUAAAUUAGGAAGGGCGAACAACUCCCCCCAAAAAAAAUUUAAAAAAGAAAGAAACAAAAAGCACAAAAAUUAAAUAAAAAUAAUAUUAAAAAAAAAAAUUAUAAAAAAAUGGGAGGUGAAAAAAAAAAAGGUGAAUCCAGAUGAUAUUUAGAGUCGGCAUAGUCACCCUUUGAUUCCGAUCUACCACAAGUACCCCAGCAUGAUGCACUACCUGUGGUUUACUAGGGGUUGAGGCGCAUAGAAUUCCAUAAGGCGCAUGAUAAUUCUGACAGAGGAAGGGGGUCAUAUCCAUAUGAGUCUCUUAGCGGUACCCAGGAAUUGAUGAUGAUGGGGGGGCGUGUACAGGUUGGGAAACCCUGGAGGAGAGGGGAGGAUAAGGGAGAAUGGGGUUAGGAAAAAUGGGGAUUGGCACCACUCCUGAGGCUGAGACCAGGCAGCGACAGUCGAGGGGCCUUACCCUAUGCAAGGAGAGCUUGGACCAGAGGGGGGGGUUGGGGAGGGGUGGAAUCGCCCUGGAGGCCUGGUUGUUUGAUGGGGGGAGAAAGGGAAAAUUUAGUUUUGUUACGUUUAUACUCUUUUUGCUGGUAUGUCACUUAUGCAUGUUUAUGGUUAAUAUAUGGCGCUCUUUUUAAUGCUGGAUAUCAACACCGAGGGGUAUGAUGUGGAGCGGACCUGUUACGGAUUUAUACUGUUGUAAUAUACUUGGGCGGAGCCUGGGUUGCGUUCCUCGACCCACACUCAUGUGAGGCUUUUUAUGGCAGGGGUCUAGCUCAUCCUGUCAUAGCACGAGUCCUCUCACUUAGGGAGGGGGAAGUUUCGGGACACUUCUUGUCCCGUUAGGAGUGCCCCCUAUCUUGGGCACUCGUCUCCCUUUUUUAUUAUUUAUUAUUUUUUCUCCUCUACUCUUACUCUUCUCCUUUCACUCUUUUCUCUCCUUAUACUACACUUCCCUUCUUCUGCUCCUUAUAUUCUCCCUCCUUAUUCGUCUGCACCAGGGGGGUGGGGCUCUCUGGGAGCGGCCGUCACAGGGGCCAGGGAGCGUGAGAAGUGAUUGAGGUAUCUUGGGCGAGUGCUAGUCCUCAGACCGGGACCGCCAUGACGUAUCGCUGCGUUCCACUGUCUGUCCUCACAUUCCGGAGCGCAGAACUCCUACGGAAACUGAAGAAAAAAACAUGUCUCGGUUGCGAUGCUGCAGGAAACACAUUUUCGAGAAGGAGCGGCCUCCAAGCUCCAGAAUAGAUCCUAUCCAGCCAAUUACUUCUGCAACCAUCCCAACUCGUAAAGCUGGAGUCACCGUCAUACUCGCAGUAGACAGUUUCCGUGAUUUACAGGGGCGCUUUCUCUUCCUGAAGGGCUCCAUUGCCGCUAAGCUCUACACAUUCGAAAAUAUUUAUGUAACCAACAGACAGCAUGCACAAUUUCUCAGGGGAACGCUGGCUAAGCUGAAAGAUUUCGCGGAAGGUGCCUUGGUUCUUGGGGUGGGAGACAUCAAUGCUCCGCUGGACCCGUUACUUGACUCUUCGUCGGGACACAGUAGCAUCUCCCAAAUAAGCAUUCGCUCCAUAUGUGGAUCUCUGGGUGACAUGGGCCUAGUGGAUUGUAGGAGGGCCCUUAACCCUAACAUUAGGGACUUCACACAUUAUUACAUAGAAACAUAGAAUGUGACGGCAGAUAAGAACCAUUCGGCCCAUCUAGUCUGCCCAAUUUUCUAAAAACUUUCAUUAGUCCCUAGCCUUAUCUUAUAGUUAGGAUAGCCUUAUGCCUAUCCCAUGCAUGCUUAAACUCCUUUACUGUGUUAACCUCUACCACUUCAGCUGGAAGGCUAUUCCAUGCAUCCACUACCCUCUCAGUAAAGUAAUACUUCCUGAUAUUAUUUUUAAACCUUUGUCCCUCUAAUUUAAGACUAUGUCCUCUUGUUGUGGUAGUUUUUCUUCUUUUAAAUAUAGUCUCCUCCUUUACUGUGUUGAUUCCCUUUAUAUAUUUAAAUGUUUCUAUCAUAUCCCCCCUGUCUCGUCUUUCCUCCAAGCUAUACAUGUUAAGAUCCUUUAACCUUUCCUGGUAAGUUUUAUCCCGCAAUCCAUGAACCAGUUUAGUAGCCCUUCUCUGAACCCUCUCUAAGGUAUCAAUAUCCUUCUGAAGAUACGGUCUCCAGUACUGUGUACAAUACUCCAAGUGAGGUCUCACCAGUGUUCUGUACAAUGGCAUGAGCACUUCCCUCUUUCUACUGCUAAUGCCUCUCCCUAUACAACCAAGCAUUCUGCUAGCAUUUCCUGCUGCUCUAUUACAUUGUCUGCCUACCUUUAAGUCAUCAGAAAUAAUCACCCCUAAAUCCCUUUCCUCAUAUGUUGAGGUUAGGACUCUAUCAAAUAUUCUGUACUCUGCCCUUGGGUUUUUACGUCCAAGAUGCAUUAUCUUGCACUUAUCCACAUUAAAUGUCAGUUGCCACAAUUCUGACCAUUUUUCUAGUUUACCUAAAUCAUUUGUCAUUUGGCUUAUCCCUCCUGGAACAUCAACCCUGUUACAUAUCUUAGUAUCAUCAGCAAAAAGACAUACCUUACCAUCAAGACCUUCUGCAAUAUCACUAAUAAAAAUAUUAAAGAGAAUGGGUCAAGUACAGAUCCCUGAGGUACCCCACUGGUGACAAGUCCAAGCUUCGAAUAUAUUCCAUUAACUACAACCCUCUGUUGCCUGUCACUCAGCCACUGCCUUACCCAUUCAACAAUAUUGGAAUCCAAACUUAAAGAUUGCAGUUUAUUGAUAAGCCUUCUAUGUGCAACAGUGUCAAAAGCCUUACUGAAAUCUAGGUAAGCAAUGUCUACUGCACCACCCUGAUCUAUAAUUUUAGUUACCCAAUCAAAAAAAUCAAUAAGAUUAGUUUGGCAUGAUCUCCCUGAAGUAAACCCAUGUUGUCUCUGAUCUUGAAAUCCAUGUGUUUUUAGAUGUUCAACAAUCCUAUCCUUUAACAUGGUUUCCAUCACUUUCCCCACUACUGAAGGCACAACAUUCGCUAACUUCCAAUCUUCUGGGACUACUCCUGUUAACAAUGAUUGGUUAAAUAAAUCUGUUAAUGGUUUUGCUAGUACACCACUAAGCUCUUUUAAUAGCUUUGCAUUCCAUCAGGUCCCAUUGAUUUUAUUUGUCUUUACUUUUGACAGUUGAAAUAGAACCUCUUCCCUCUGUAAACUCACGUGUAAUAAAUGACUUCAUUUAUCCUUUUUCUCAACUGAGGUCCUUUCCUUCAUUUUCAUCUGUAAAUACAGAACAAAAAUAUUCAUUGAGGCAGUCAGCUAGACCUUUAUCCUCUUCUACAUACCUUCCUUCUUUUGUUUUUAAUCUAAUUAAUCCUUGUUUUACUUUUCUUUUCUCAUUUAUGUAUCUAAAAAUGUUUUAUCCCCCUUUUUUACUGACUGUGCUAUUUUCUCUUCUGUGUGUGAUUUGGAAGCUCUUAUAACUUGCUUAGCCUCUUUCUGCCUAAUCUUAUAGAUCAUUUUGUCUUCCUCACUCUGGGUUUUUUUAUAAUUCCUAAAUGCUAACUUUUUGUUUUAACUAUUUUGGCCACAUCUGCGGAGUACCACAGUGGUUUCUUGAAUUUUUUGCUUUUACUGACAAGCCUAAUGCAAUUUUCUGUUGCCUUCAAUAGUGCAACUUUUAAAUAAUCCCAUUUUUCUUGGACUCCAUUUAAAUUGCUCCAGUCUGAUAAUGACUCCUCUACCCAUAUUCUAAUUUUAGAAAAGUCUGUUUUUCUAAAGUCUAAAACUUUUGUUUUUGUGUGGUGUGACUCAGUCACUGUUCUUAUAUUAAACCACACUGACUGAUGAUCACUGGAUCCUAAACUUUCACCUACAGUAAUAUCUGAUACCAAAUCUCCAUUUGUUAACACUAAAUCUAGUAUGGCCUCUUUACGAGUUGGCUCCUCAACAACUUGUUUUAGAGACAAUCCCAGUAGGGAGUUUAGAAUAUGUGUGCUCCUGGCACAAGUAGCUAAUUUUGUUUUCCAAUUUACAUCAGGAAGAUUAAAGUCACCCAUGAUGAUAACUUCCCCUUCAUUGUCAUUUUAGCUAUUUCCUCAACUAGUAGAUUAUCUAACUCUUCAAUUUGUCCUGGGGGCCUAUAAAUCACACCUACACGAGUUACUGUGUGAUUACCAAAUUCUAACGUAGCCCAAACGGACUCUAUGUUUGCCUCACUAACUUUUAUUAGGCUAGAUUUUAUGCUAUCCUUCACAUACAAGGCCACCCCUCCCCCUUUCUUGCCUUCCCUAUCUUUCCUAUAUAAAGAGUACCCUGGUAUUGCUAUGUCCCAGUCAUUUUUCUCAUUAUUCCACACUUCAUGACCGAUACUCUCGUAUCGAUUACCUUUUCAUCAGACAGGAGGGCCUUUCCCGCUUAUUAAAAGCCUGAGCUUGAGUCUCCCCCUUUUCGGCCCUCGACAUGUACAUAGAGGCUCAAUGAGGCCUUGCUCUUGGAACCCGAGGUCCGGAGCAGGUCUCCCAAGCACUGGACCUUUACUUUCAGGAAAACGGUACGCCGGACACCUCACCAAUCUCGAUCUGGGAGGUUCAUAAGAGUGUCAUUCAGGGCACACUCAUAUGCAUCCCUUUCCAUAAAAUAAAAGGUAGCUCUAAGGGAGAUGGCUGACCUCUACCAAUCAAUCUCAACCCUGGAACUCCAACCUGAAUGAUCUCAGGUGAUGGAAACUUAUGGGGAGCUGAUGCGAGCUCGAAGACAGCUAAUGGAACUCCUAACGGGACGAUAUCUUCGCUUUCUACAGCAUUCCAGGGGUUUCUUCUAUGCCCAUGCCAACAAAGGGGGUAGAUUCCUCGCUCGUCUUCUGAAAGAUAAAACCCCUUGAACGCCGCUUCGUAAAUUACACUUAUCGACGGGCUCGACAUCAUCUUUUCCAACCGACAUAGCGGAAGAAUUUAGGACAUACUAUUGAUCCCUAUACAACCUUGCCACUCACAUACAUGACUAUUUACACAGUAAUGUUGCGAGACAGGCAAGCAGGGACACGGCGGCGAUACUGGAUGUCCAGAUUAACAUGGAAGAACUCUCAGCUGCUUUAAAGAUGACCAAAAAGGGCAAAGCACUUGGCAAUUCUCUAGGGGAUACUAUAAGACCUUCUCAAUGUUGCUCAUACCGUGGUUAACAAAAACCCUCAACACUGUUGAGGAGGGGGGGACCUUCGAGAUGGAGUCUUUGGCUGCAACUAUAACUGUUCUUCCAAAACCCGGAAAAGACCUGCUGAACUGUAGCAGCUACUGCCCGAUCUCACUGCUGAAUGUGGACACCAAGCUGUUUACGAAGGUGCUGGCAUCUAGACUCCAGGCUGUCCUGCCAUCUUUGAUACACGCUGACCAGAGAGGGUUUAUUCCGGGGCGAGAGGCGCGAGAUAGCACACUACGGCUGUUCUCAAUACAACACCAUGCGAGGAAGUCACGGCCUCCUAUUUCUCUCAACUAACGCUGAGAAGGCGUUUGAGGAAAAUGGUAUUGGGACAGAGACUCCUUGCCUGGAUCACUGCCUUGUAUAGUAACCAACGCAUUGCGGUAAGGGUCAACGGGGCCUUUACGACCGACUUUGGGAUUAACAACGGAACAAGGCAGGGAUGCCACUUAUCCCCGCUGUUAUUUGCUAUGUCACUGGAACCUCUGCUCCAGGCGCUCCGCCAGCACCCAGAUAUCCGGGGUUAUACCUGGCAGGGGGUGGAACAUAAGGUCGCCGCCUCUAGCCCUCGGACCACGAUGCCCUGCCUCCUCUCAGAAUUUGAACGAUUCGGCAGAAUCUCGGUUUUUAAACUUAACCUGUCCAAGUGUGAAGUGCUGAACAUAACACUUCCUAUUGAGGAAUAUACUGCCCUGGACCCACUGUUACUAUUCCGUUGGUGCUAUGGCAAAAUGAAGUACCUCGGGAUUUGGGUAACAUCAGACCCAGGAGACAUGUACCAACAUAACUCCAUUCCUCUGCUGAAGACACUACUGGCAGACAAAUGGACAUACCCACAUGUGUCGUGGCACAUGCGAAUAGCAGUUCAUAAAAUGAAUAUACUCCCACGGUCCUUUAUCUCUUUUAGAUCAUCCCGCUAGCCUUACCGGCAUCCUUUUUCUCCUCCUUAAAAUCAGCGGUCAUCUGAUACUUAUGGCGGGGGGAAAGAUCAAGACUCUGACAUGACUUACUCUGUCUACCUAGACAUUGUGGAGGCCUGGCAUUGCCCGACUUUAAAAAGUACCAUCAGGCUGCGGUCAUGCAGCGUAUACUGUAAUGGCACAUGGGCUCCUCGCAAAAACAAUUGGUGGCCCUAGACAAAGAGGGAACUAAUACCACCCUGGAGUCAACCAUAUGGAGGGGGUUCUGGAUAUCUUGAACGCAGGGACGGAGCGGGACCAGUGACGCAAACCCUACGCAGCUGGAAGGCACUGAGGGAACAACCACACGUCUCACCCAUGCUCAGCCCUUUACUCCCGGUCACUCACAAUUGCACACUGGGAGGGGGACUUCCGCCAAAAGCCUGGCCCUUUUUGGAGGGACGGGAAUAUAUACCCAUCCAUAAAGCCUUACAUGGUGGGACGAUACGGAGCCUGGACUCGCUGCUAGAGGGUAGACCACGAACUCCUCUGGCUGCCUUCAGAUACAUGCAACAGAAGCAUUAUUACGACUCACUUCCUCAUAACGACCGGUUACACAGAGAUCUUACCUGGUUUGAAGAAAUCUGUGAACAGGGUGACACACUUGAUAGGGCAGUGUCCGCACUCUACCAAUAUCUCUUAGUCGGGCACUAGACGGCGAACAACAACUUUUGCAGACAAUGGGAAGAAAUUUUGGGCAAGACCUUCUCAUCUCAACAAUAGGACAAAGCUUUAGUUUAGCAACAUAAGAGCUCCAAUAGCUCGCAAUACUAGGAGAUGAACUAUAAACUAAUAUCACUGUGGUAAAAAAAAAACAACCCUACUCCAUAGAGUAUUUCCGAUGACCCCUCUAAUAUGCUGGAGAUGCCAAGUGAAGAGGGGGAUGAUGAUACACAUUUGGUGGAAUGCUGUGACAUUGUCCCAUAUUGGGAGAUGGUUAGGGCUAAAGUGACGGAGAUCUUGGGGGACUCGACCGACUGGUCGGCUGAACUGGCCCUUUUGCAUAUUUCAUCCCAACCUGUAUCACUAUACAAGAAAACGAUUCUACGACACUUAUGCGGCCAUGGCACUUAUCCUAGUUUACUGGAGGCGGACGGAGAUACCCUGCGAGGAGGAGUGGAUCCGCAGAGUCAAGGACAUUUAGGGGGCUGAGGGGCCUGACAGGGAGGGGGAGUAAACACGCGGAGACAUGGCGACAGGGGUGUAUCUAUCACGAGGCAAACAAGGCAUUUCCCUUGGGCGGCACUUGCCAAUGUGGUGGCAAAAUGCCUUGUUUGCCUAGUGAGAGAUACAUAUUUCAGCUUUAGAUAAAAGCUGUAAGAAAAAAAAAACCACAAUCAAUCUGACACCCCUUGCACUUCCCGCCCUCUCUCUGCUCUGCUUUGUUCCUGCUUCCUGAUUAAUGUCUGUUGCCAUGGAGAGCAGAGAGCAAGCCUACCUCCCACAAGAAGCAGCAUGCACCCUUCAGAGCCUCCUUCCAUUUUAGCCGGGCAGCACGUGUGGUGUGUGGAGGAGGAGUGGAGACGUGCUGUCUGCUUACUGAAGCUCAGCUGAGCUGUGUCAGGGAGAAACCGGGAAAAGCUGCAGACAUGGACGUCCGCAGGAGUUUUUCCAGGGGGAGGGGGCAUAAUUGUAAUGACAUCUAUGCUUGGCCCCUUUUUGACAGUGUCAUGAAGGGGUGGAGCAUAGUCAUUAUCACAUAAAGCCAUGGUGAAUAGCGUUUUCACAACUAUGGUGUCAGGAAUAAGUUUGUUUUCCUGACACUAUAGUGUUCCUUUAAUCAAAUCAAAGGAACAUUCUGGUCAUCAUAACAACUUAAUCUAAAUGAAAAUGCUAUGAUGCAAGGAGGCCCCUGGGCAUUUUCUUUCCUUUAAAGGGUGAACCGCUCUUAAAUUGUUUAACCCCAAAGGUUUCCUCCAGCUCCAGGUCGCUCAGUGGUAUUCUGCUUCUGAAACAGAGUGUCAGUAAGUGCAGAUUGAAGUCAGGCAUCGGUGCCGCUGAAUGACUGGAAAGGUCAGCUGGCGCUCUAAGCCAAUCGCUAGUUCCUGAUUCAUAAUUUUUUUAAAGUUUUUAUGAAUGGGGAGCUACUGAUUGGCUUAGAGUGCCAGCUGACCUUUGUAGCCAAUCAGCGGCACCCCUACCUAGAAGCCCUCUGUGUUUCCUGACACUCAGUAAAUAAAAGUGAACACGUUAACACUGAUAUAUUUUUUACCUGGGGAGAUGAGAAGGUCCAAAGUUUCCUGCCAGGCCCAGGUACCAAAGCCUUAUGAUGUGGUGUCCAGAAUGAAGUGAAGGGAUCACUUCACUUGUCCUUCCUGCUCCAAUCUCAUUUUCUUCUCCAUUUGACACAGUCUUCUUGCAGACCCUUCCUGCUCCUUGCUGCCCCUUUCUGCAUCCUCCUGCUUCUUGCAGACCCUUCCUGCUUCUUGCUGCUCCUUCCUGUUCCUUGCUGCUCAUUUAUGUUCCUUUUCCAACUUUACCUUUGUGCUCAUUCUGCCCCUUCCAGAUAAUUGUUGACCUUUUCUGCUCCUUGAUUUCCCUUCCUGCUCAUUUCUGCUCAUUGCAGACCCUUCCUCCUUCUUGCUACCAUCUCCAUGUAGUCUCUUUCUGUUCCUUGUAGAUGCUUUCUGUUCCUUCUCCUACUUUACCUCGGUGCUCCUUCUGAUUCUUUCUGCUCCUUGGUGCCCCUUCUUUCUCCUUGCUGCCCCUUCCUGCUCCUUGCAGACCCUUCCUGCUCCUUACAGACCCUUCCUACUCCUUGCUUCCUCUUCCUAUUCCUUGCUGACCCCUCCUGCCCCUUGCAGACCUUUCCUACUCCUUGCGGACCCCUCCUACCCUAGCUGACCCCUUGCAGACCCUUCCUACUCCUUGCUGACCCAUCCUACUAAUUGCUGACCCCUCCUGCCCAUUGCAGAGCCUUCUUCUCCUUUCUGACCCCUCCUGCCCCUUGCUGACCACUCCUGCCCCUUGCAGACUCUUCCUACUCCUUGCUGGCCCCUCCUGCUCCUUGAUGGCCCCUCCUGCUCCUUGCUGCCCCUUCCUGCUCAUUUCUGCUCCUUCCUGCUCCUUGCAAACCUUUGCUACCCCUUCCUGCUUCUUGCUGCCCCUUCCGCUCUUCCUAUUUCUUGCUGACCUCUCCUGCCCCUUGCAGAACCUUUCUGCUCCUUCUACUUUACCUUCCUGUAGGCUGUCUCCCCCCCCAUCCCUCACUUACCUGAUCUGUAUGCUGCCCCCCCAUGCCUCACUUACCUGAUCUGUAGACUGCUCCCCCAUGCCUCACUUACCUGAUCUGAAGGCUGCCCCCGCAAUGUCUCACUUACCUGAUCUGUAGGCUGCCCCCCCAUGUCUCACUUACCUGAUCUGUAGGCUCCCACCCCCCCCAUGCUUGCUGGCUGCACUCUGUGCUGCUUCCCUGUGGAUGCAGUCAGGAGAAAGAAGCAGGGAUAAGCUGUAGCUUCCUAUCCAUGCCUUUCUCCAUUCACAGCAGUAUUGCAGUUUAUUAUCACACAUACGAAAAUCCGGGGGGGGGGGGGAGAGGCAAGUGCCCCCCUUGCCUCCCCCCUGCGGACGCCCAUAGCUGCAGACUGUGUGUUUCUGUUUUGAACUCUGCAGAGUAGGUGAGUAAUUUAAAUUGAACAUAUGUCUUUUUUUUUAUUUUAACAGCAAUAAAUCCCCCAUAUAUAUAUAUAUUUUUGGGCACUGUUUAAAAAACAAACCCCUUAUUCCCAAAACUUGUAUUUUCUAAGUCUUUUGUAGUAAUGCAAUUUUUUCUUUAUUAUUUUUUAUUAUUAUUAAUUUUAUUAUGAUAUAAUUAUAAUAAAAUGUAAUGUAUAAUUAUUAUAUAAUUUAUUUAUUUAUUUAUAUUAUUACUACUUUUUUUUAAGGGUAAAUUGACUGUCCUCAAAAGUCACAACAGGUUCUCCCCUGAUUGCCCCCAUAAGCACCCCCCGGUCCUGCACAAAUUUAGUCAGGACAUCCAGACAUGCUAUGUCUGUUGAUUUUCACUGAAGCUAUGUCAGUUGAUUUUCACUGUCGUUAUAUCUGUUGAUUUUCACUGAAGCUAUGUCGCUUGAUUUUCACUGACGCUAUGUCGGUUGAUUUUUAUUGACACUACGUCUGUUGAUUUUCACUGACGCUACGUCUGUUGAUUAUUAUUGACGUUAUGUCUGUUGAUUUUUACUUAUUGGGGGCGACCGUGGUUCCCAUAUGUGUCCCACGGCCUGUGACAUGUGAGGGUUCCCCGGAACCGGGGGGCACACACUGGGGGACCUGACCUCUCCUAGCAAUGACCACACCAUCUUCUUUUCUACAUGCUACUUCUAUACCUAUACUCUCUAUACUAUAUCACGACAUAGAUUCAUUCCCUGUAAACUGAGGCCAGGUAGGGGGUAGAGCUGAAGGGGAUAUUAAGCUUUUCACAGAACGUAUACUAUUUAGUGAAAAUUAUCCUUUAUUUUCCUUUUUUUUUUUUUUUUAUAUAUUUGACUAAAUCAGGAGGUUCCGCAAUGUAACCUGCACUCUUCUCAUUCUUUGACUAUGUCUUUUGUAACAGAUAAUACAAUAACUGAGCUAACAGUGGAAUAUUUACAUGUAGUGACAAACCUGCGUGACGAGAAGCUGUGAGUUUACUUUUGUAAAAAACCUGGUAGUGUAGAUAUAAAGGCUCACUCUGAGGCUUAGCUGGACACGAUGACUGUUUUUAAGCUAUAUGUUGCUAAAUAUGAUGUAUAAUUUUGCUUCAACUGUUAUCACCUCGACAUUCUGGAUCUCUGUACACUAUACCUUUUCGUACUUCCUGUCAUACAAAACUAAAGAUUCAAUAAAAAAAAAAAAAUUACUGGGCUAGUUUUUAUCCCCGGUUCGGCACUAAUACGGUGAGAUGUCCCAGUGUUAUGUUUGUAACAAGGUGUGAUUUAUAAAUGUUGUGCUUGCAAUAAGGUGUAAUGGCCUGUGUUGUGCUGGUGAUAAGGUGUGAUGUGCUUGUACUAUGCUUGCAAUACGGUGACAAGCAUUCCUCUGGGACAUUACCAUAAUCAUACAAGUCUAAAUAUGUGUGUGUAAAAUAUAUAUUUAUGAUUUGUGGUUGAUAACAGAUUAUUAUUGGCAUUAUUGGGAAAGCAGUGUAUAUGGAGCUUUGCUAUUUCAUGUGUACGAGUUCUCCUUGCAGUGAUUUCAUAUAGUGCGGAGGGCUUUGAGUGACAGCAGGAAACCUCAGGAACUUUCAAUUUCUUUUAAUAAUUUUUUUAUGAGUCAGGGAGGAUAAGGAAACAAAAUAUAAUGCUACAUAUGUUUCUUUAGUUUUCCUUUACAUGGUGGAGAACUUAGGAGUCAUGCUAUGUGGAACAGCACCUUUAAAAAUGUAAAAUGAGUUCCAGAAUGGGAUACAGCAUGUUUAGCCAAAAUCAGAUUUGUGUAGUAUGCUGGCUAUGGAAAUGCAGACAAUAGAAAAUGAUUAAAAUUGAUCUAAACAAGAAAAAAAAUGAUCAUUUAUACUUUUUCAUGAUGGGGGGAGGGGAGAUACAGGGGUGCAUGAAUAUCCCCCUUUUAUCUAUCUCCACCCACCCUUUUUAUCCAUACCUCCCUCCCCUCUAUCAUCCAUAUAAACUCCCUUGCCAACUUCCCCGCUUUCAUCCAUAUCUUCCCCCCUUGCCAACCUCCCCCCUUUAAUCAAUAUCCCUCCCCCUUCCCUGGGGACUAUUCAUGGCUGCAGACCAUGCUUGGAACUCCAACCAGCACAAACACAUUUACGAGCAACUCUGAAAAAAUAACUGACACACAACACAAUCUCAAAUCAUAUCUUGAAGUUUAUUGGCUUCAGUCAGGGUUUAUAUAAAAAAACAGAAGAUGGUUACUGAGCACAUAUUACACAGAGUCAGCAAAUAUUUUGGAUCAUUGAUAGAAAAAUCCGUUCAUGGUCACAAGGUAGACAGGUCAUUGCCAAAGUUAGACAUCACUUGAUAAGAUGGCAGGUCACUGCUUUCUAGAAAUAUAAUUGUACAUCUUUCAUUUAAUUGCAGACAUUGUUUCAUAACAUAUUUGAUCAUCUUGCAGAAUAUAUAUAUUUCUGAUACUUCCUCAAAGUAUCUUCCUGGACAUGUACUUCCCCUUUUGGAGAAUAUCUGUACGUAGAUGGAACAGAACACUUUAAUUAACAAAUAAAUAAUACUUAAUAUUUUAUUCUGUCCUUAUAAAAGAUAACAGCUUUUUAGCAAUACACUAGAAAAAUAGAACCAGAUUUAUAAUGGCUAAUGCUUAUGAAAUGGCGGCUGACUUAAAUGGCAACUGAUUAUAAAAUGGCUGCCGGUUAUAAAAUCAAACUUAACAGUCCCUUAUUUUAUUCUGUGUAAGAAUAACUAACAAUUCAAGGAAUAUGAUUAGUAGAUAUUAUAUACAACAGAGGGUGCAAGAGGGGGCUUUAACAUUACUAUCAGUUUUGAUAAUCCAUGUCUCCCGUCCCUUAAUCCAUAUCUCCCACCCUUUCAUCCAUAUCUCCCCCCCUUUCAUCCAUAUAUCCCACCCCUUUUAUCCAUAUCUCCCCCCAUUUCAUUCAUAUCUCCCCCCUUUCAUCCAUAUAUUCCACCCCUUUUAUCCAUAUCUCCCCCCUUUCAUCCAUAUCUCCCAACCCUUUCAUCAAUAACUCCCCCCUUUCAUCCAUAUCUCUCCUCCCUUGCCAACCUCCCCCUUUCAUCCAUAUAUAUCCCCUUUGCAAACCUCCCCCCUUUCAUCCAUAUAUCUCCCCUUUGCCAACCUCCCCCUUUCAUCCAUAUCUCAUCCCCCCUUGCCAACCUCCCCCCUUUCAGCUAUAUCUCUCCCACCUUGCCAACCUCCCCCCUUUCAUUCUAAUCCCCUUCAUCCAUAUCUCUCCCCUGCCAACCUCCCCUUUCAUCCAUAUAGCCCUUCAUCCAUAUAUCCCCUUUCAUCCAUAUCUCCCCCCCCUUUUAUCCAUAUCUCCCCCCUUUCAUCCAGAUCUCCCCACUUUCAUCCAUAUCACCCCCUCUACAAACCUACCCCCUUUCAUCCAAAUCACACACCUUGCCAACCUCCCUCCUUUCAUCCAUAUUCCCCCCUUUCCUCCCUAUCUCCUCCUUCAUCCAUAUGUCUCCCCCUUUCAUCCAUAUGAUCCCCCUUUUAUCCAUAUCUCCCCCAUUUUCAUCAAUUUCUCCUCCCUUUUAUCCAUAUCUCCGCAUCCUUUCAUUCAUAUCUCCCCCUUCAUCCAUAUUCCCCCCCUUUUAUCUAUAUCUCCGCCCUCCAUCCAUAUUUCUCCUUGCCAGCCUCCCCUUUCAUCCAUAUCACCUCCCUUGCCAAUCUCCCCAUUUCAUUGACAUCUUCCCCUUGCCAAUCCAUUUCCUUUUAUCCAUAUAUCCCCCUUUUCAUCAAUUUCUCCCACCCUUUUAUCCAUAUCUCCCCUCCCCCCUCUUUCAUUUAUAUAUCCCCUUUCAUCCAUAUUCCUUUCAUCCAUAUCUUCCCCUUGUCAACCUCCCCCUUUUUAUCCAUAUCUCUCCCCCCUUGCCAGCCUCCCCCUUUCAUCCAUAUCUCUCCCCUUUGUCAACCUCCCCCUUUUUAUUCAUAUCUUUCCCCCUUGCCAACCUUCCCCCUUUCAUCCAUAUUCACCCCUUUUAUCCAUAUCCCCCUUUUCAUCAAUUUCUCCCACCCUUUUAUCCAUAUCUCCCCCCUCUUUCAUUCAUAUAUACCCCCCUUUUAACCAUAUCGCUCCCCUUGUUAACCUCCCUUUUUAUCCAUAUCUUCCCCUUGCCAGCCUCCCCUUUCAUCCAUAUCUCCCUUUGCCAACCUCCCCCCUUUUAUCCAUAUCUCCCCCCUUUCAUCCAUAUCUCUCCCCCCUUGCCAACCUCCCCUGACUACCUACCAAUGCAAUCCUCGUCCAACGCAGCACUCAGAGAACCGGCGGCCCAGUGGAAGGCUCUCCUCACUUGCUUUCCUCCCUACCGUUUUGCCUGGCAUAUACAACUUUUUGUAUUAUACUACAUAAGAGAAUCUGAAGUGGAUUAAAACUCCUUUCUAUCUAAGGAAGCUCUUUAGAUAUAUUUAUAUGUGGUGUUCUGCUACCCCCCAUUCUUCCCCUUCUUCUAUCAAAUUAGAGUAACUAUUUAUUACUCCCCAUGAAUUUAUACAGGAUCAAUUUAACUAUGUACUCCUCUUUAUAAUCUUAUUGGAGUGUAUGUGUAGAAUUGAUGAAUGUACCAUCCAUUUAUGGAUAUACAAGCUAGAGGUGUCAAUUUCUACACUUUAUAUAUCAUGCAUACACAGGACUUUUGUAAGUUACAUAUUGCAUCAUUGUAAUCAAUAUAGCUACUUUACUUUUUAUCUUGUUUAUGAGGAUUUCUAACGCUCUAUCUGACAUACCAAACGCUAAUUAGCUAUACUAUUUUAAGGAUCUAUGUAUCACAUCUUUUCACUUUAAUCACUUGUAGUUCACUGAUUGUAUGUCCAUUAUCCCAAUCAGGAGUUAAUAAAAUAGUUAUCAUUAUUUUGUAUGUAUUUAUGUGGGGUUUUUUUCACUAUUGUUUGGCUCUUUGAGCUUUCAUUGUUGAAUAUCUACUGAUGUGUGGAUAAUUCUAUUGGUAUCGUAUCCUCUUUUUUGAGGCCUGAUCCAAUCUAGCUAUCAAUUUGUAUGUUUGGUUAUGCCCUUAAUUACCCUACAACCAAUACAAACUUUGUAACAGUUUUCUUGUGACUCCAUCAUGUAGUUUUGUCUUAUAUCAAUUUAGUUACCUUAUAUGAUCAUACAUUGCAGAAGCCUGCCACAAUGUCAAUGUACCCUAUUCUUGGCAGGUUCUACACUAGCAUCCUAAUACCUGCAUUUAUGAGAUUUACCCCCUUACUUGGGAAAUGCACACACUCACUAAGUAAACAUAAAAUGCAAAUUUCUCCAAAAGCACUUGUGCAAAGUCACGCACACACACAUAUAGUUUUUUUAAUGAAGAUUUGUUUAUUGCAGGGGUGUACCUAGAGCAUUUGGCACCCGGGGCGGAUCCUGGGCUUGGCACACACACAAAGUCACAAACACAGUUACAGGAAGACAGUUUUACAGACACAGUCAAACACACACUAUUACUUACAGACAGGAGCUGGAGGAGGAGUGGAUUCCCUGAAGUCCUUCCUUGGAGCUGUGGGGAUAUUUAUGGGAUAAUAAUAGUAAACAGUGAGAAUUGCCCUCUAAUUCAAUUCUCAGAUCCCAAAGAUCGUUAUCGUGUAAUUUGAAAAGUAUUUCAUAUAAAUAAAAUCACAAUUUGUUAUAAAAAUAGAUUUAUUUUUAUUGUAACAAAUGAACUAACAAUAACAUGUAACAUGCGUGACAAUAAUCAAUGAAUAUCCAGUAUAAAAUGAUAUGCAAUACAAAAUGCCAAUUUUGUACUUCCACUGGUUAACACAGUAUAGAAUCUACAACAUUAGCUGUCAAGAGAAGAUUUAUGACUGUCUUUCACAGAGAGAAAGAAAAAGUUUCACGCAGAGAACAGAAUUCUUCAAAGUGCAGCGUAAGGUCGUAAAGUUUAGCUGACAGUUAGAAUAACCCUUUCAAUGCUGACUAGACCUCCUAGGUAAUUAAGAUCUAUUCUUAUGUAAUUUUAAAUAAAAUAACAUUUAAACCAGUUCAUUAGUCAUUUCCUGGAACCAUCCAAUAAGAGAAUCUACCAUGUUAUAUAAGCAGAGUUUAAUUUGUCUAAAAGAUAUCUUAUCUUUUAUUAGAGCAAAUCAAUACACCUGGAUAAAAACAGCGGUAUGCUAACAUGUGAUACUAUCACAUUAAUAUAUAAUUAUUCUUAAUUCCACCUGCAGAAUGGAAUGUUUAUAACUAUAUCUUCUUUAAUUAACUAAGAUUUCUUAAUAUGGAAAUCUGACCGUGAUUUAUCCAGUCAUAUAUCAUGCUAUUAGUAAAUUUUAAUUAAUUUAACCCCUUAAGGACCAAACUUCUGGAAUAAAAGUGAAUCAUGGCAUGUGUACUUAAGGGGUUAAAUUAAUUAAAUAAAACCAGCAUAAUUACCAGUUAUGUAGGUAUUCUCAUCAGAUGAGUAGGUAGUCUCAGGAACUUAUUUGGAUGUCUCUCUGCAUGGAGGUGUGUAGGAAUUUCUGAAUGUCCUAGAGUGGAUAUCUGUCAUAGGCCUCUCUGCAUUUCUCCCGACUGUUCACUUCUUUGCUUCCUUUGUAUACCCUUGUAUUCCUCGCCUACCUCUUUCUUCUCCUUUCUCUUCCCUUUGUCUUAACUUUUUAAAGGGAAAAUUCACUAGUUGAUAGACCAAUAGGAACACUGGGGUGUGGUUACCUUCCAGAUAGCAAUUUAGUAUUUGGUCUAUAGAGGGCAGUCUUGUCCCACUAAACAUACCUAUCCAGGAAAGAGUUAACUUUUCUUGGUGGCUAUUUUGACGUCAUUUUGCUUUAUCUUUAUAGUUGCCAUAACUUACGUUUUCUUUCACUUCAAAGGGUUUUCUCUUAGUUUUGUCCAGACUUAGUGUCCGCAAUUCCUGCUAUAAUUUCUAAUAUGACAGUUCGUAAACUAAGUUUCACCUUAAACUACAAUGGGAGGUUAUACAAUAUAAAAAGUAAAAUUAAAUUAUUUAAUCUUCUCUGUCACAAAUGUCUGGGUUUAGAAUUGAUUAUAUUCCAUUAGCAUUUAGACAGUCUGUCCAACCCCCGUUCUCCUUAUCACUUGGUUUGUAUAUACUAUGCAUUCCUUUAGCUCUGGGAAAGUGGUUAGUUUUACAGAUAGAAAUCUUGUGUCUCUUGUUAGCUUGAAAAUAACAAAAUGGAGUCUGCUCUAUUCAAAGUGACUCAGCAUAUACACUUUUAAUUUCUAUCAUGGCACAAGAUGUCUGCCGAUAUAAAUACCCUGACAGAGCCUGUUAGGUGGAGAGGCAGGGAUUCCUUCUUGCUGCACCUCCAUGUGCAGCAGUAACAGCCAUAUUAAGCCCCGCCCCCACUGCCAAUUUGGCUGCGCCCAGAUUCUGCUUAGCCCUGCCCCCACUUUCCUUCCGUGCGGCCAGUUCAGCUGCUCCUUGCGUGUGUGAGCUGUUCUGGCCGCACGGCACCCUAACUACCAUGGGGCAUUGUGCGGCCACAGCCUACACAGCCCCCACACCAGGGUCAUGGCACCCCCCACCCAGUGGCACCCGGGGCGGACAGCCCCCUCCGCUCCCCCCCCCUUUGUACGCCACUGGUUUAUUGGACUUGGAUGAGUGCCUUAGACUAAUGUGCCUAAAUGCCCUCCAGAUGUACAUCUUGACCUGCACACUGAACUAAUAAUGUUUUUAUUAAUAAUAAAACUGUGCAGAGCAUUUACAUCAUGAUGUCAUGAGAAGAGACACUAUAUUGAAAAAAUGAUGUUCCCUGCCUGAAACUUUGCAGAAUUACAAAUAACAGAAUGAUUCAAGUGGUUAAAUAUUGAUAUUGCUGUUUUACGAUUGAAAUAUUAUAUCACUUAAACAAACAUUGGUAUGUUGCUUUAGUAAAUAUCUCACAUGUAAUAAAACGUAUUAUAAGGCUUGCUAACUCAAUUCUGUUUUUUUUCUAGGUAUUGUAGGUCUUUGGUCUCUGGCAAUUUUGGCCUUUGAGAGGUAUUUGGUAAUCUGCAAACCCAUGGGGGAUUUCCGCUUCCAGCAGCGACACGCAGUCCUUGGGUGCACUUUCACUUGGGUUUGGUCUUUCAUUUGGACAUGUCCACCUCUUUUUGGAUGGUGCAGCUAUGUUCCUGAAGGUUUGCGUCCUUAAAUACCUAGAAUAUGAAAGAACAGUGAAUAAAUAUAGAAAUAUCUAUCGUUUGCUCCAUCUCUUUGUUUGUAUGUCCAACAACACCUACAGCAACAUCAUUGGGGCUUGAUUAGCCAGUCUGGAACAAGAGUUCUGGACUGACUUAUGUCAAUUCUGUUCAUAUUGGACAUCUGUCAUCAUCACACACAGCAUGCUGGCAACAAACAUCCAAUGUCCUGCCCUCAGUCCGUCCUCCCCCUAUAUCGCCACCCUGGCAGCUAGGAGGAGGGUCUUAAACUACUGUUGUUUUUUGGUUGGAGUAAUCCUUUUACCACUAAAUCAGACCUCAAAUCCUCUUGCUUCACCUUGUGGUUCUCCAGAGGUUAAAAAACAGGCACAUCAUAUUCAUCAACACCCAGGCAACAGCCCACAAUAAGUUGUUUACUGUAAUGGAAUCAACUUUCUCAGUAAAGUAGAGGUCCAACUGACAUUGAAAGCAACCAAAUUACGGCAUUUUCAAAAUGCUAUUGAAAUGUUAAUUAUAUUAAAGAUUUGGUCACUAGGUUCCUAUUGUAAACUUAAUUUGGGUCUAGCCAACAAUAACAGAUUAAAAAAGACUGAUGCUAUAACAUUACAGCCUUACUAAAACGAUGAAGGAUCACAUUACAUUUUGAAUUUUAACAAUGAAGAUCUUUUGAAAAGUUAGUUUUGAAAACUAAUUAGAUUAUAUCAGUAAUUGUAAUAUCUUAUUCUUUAGGACUGCGGACAUCUUGUGGACCCAAUUGGUACUCCGGUGGUAAUAAUAACAACAGUUACAUCAUGGCAUUAUUUACAACAUGCUUUAUCAUGCCUUUAAGUACCAUCAUUUUUUCUUAUUCAAACCUGUUAAUGGCACUGAGAGCUGUAAGUACAAACAUAUUAAACGUGUAAAUGCAUAUCAUUACUAUUUUAGUCAAGUUUCAUGGUUAUUAACUAAAGUGUGCAUAGUUGCGAUUCAAGCUAGAUUGCAAAUUUUAGGCCACAAUAGUGGAUAAUAAAAAUUCUCCAAGUCUCUAUGUUUCGGGUUUGACUAUUUAGUCCUAAAAUGUCAAAUCCUAUUAGAAUUCUCUGUAAAUCCGUGAAUCACAAUAAAUUCAUCAAAGCUGUGGAAUCCCUGUGGAACAUUGUAUCAUGUAAUAAGCUUUGCUAAUUAAAUGGCAAGCUAACUAAGUUUUUGAUUGAAUUACAUUGUAAAAACCAGGUGAUAACUACCGACUGUAUUUGAUUGGGUUCUUUGUCCUUCAGAAUUUCGGCUGGAUUUAACCUCUUAACACCAUUACAGCGUUCUAUGCUGUCCCGCAUUUAAUGGUCUCUAAAGCUGUUGCGGUGGCAUAGAACACCUUAACAGGUUUUUGCCUGGAGCACCCAGGAUCCUUACCUUCUCAGGGGUCAGCUUCGGGAAGGAUGCCUAGCAGCCGAGGCAGUCCUCCCACGGCAAAACAAGGCCCUCCGGGGGCCAGGUGAUCGCUCUUAAAGAGCGAUCACUUGGCCGCAAUAGCCCAAAAAAUAAUUAUUCCACACAUUAAAAUAAUUAUAUAUAUAUGUGUGUAUAUAUAUAUAUAUAUAUAUAUAUAUAUAUUUGUGUGUAUAUUAUUUAUAUAUAUAUAUAUAUAUAUAUAUAUAUAACUUCUUACCUAGUGUAUUUUAAUAUUAAUAUAAUUACAUAUAUUAGUAUUAAAAUACACUUAGAAUGAAGUUACAUAUAUAUAAGAUAUAAAUAUCUGCAAGUUAUAGGGCUAUCGGUACAAAUAGGAAAUUGCGGUUUCAAAAUAUAUAUAUUUUUUUAAAUGUAUCAGUAGUGACAUUGUAACACUAUUAUUUGUCAUAAAUCUCUGAAUCACACCUCACAUGUACAUAUUUUUUUAAAGUACACAACCCAGGGUAUUCAAUAUGGGGUAUGUCCAGUCUUUUUUAGUAGCCACUUAGUCACAAACACUGGCCAAAGUUAGCAUUUAUAUUUGUCUGUGUGUUAAAAAUGCAAAAAACGCUAACUUUGGCCAGUGUUUGUGACUAAGUGGCUACUAAAAAAGGCUGAACAUACCCCAUUUGCAAUACUUUGGGUUGUCUUCUUUUGCAAAUGGUAUGCCAUCAUGGGGGUAAUUCUCAUUCCUGGGCUACCAUACACUCUCAAAAGGCAACAAAACCAAUCUGACAAAUUUCAAUGAAAAAAGCCCACUUAAAAUUUAAUAAACUAGAAAUUUCACUUUUUUUACCUUUAGAGAUCCCAACCCCCAGCACUUCACAUUUGGAUAAAUUUACUUUGAAAUUAGAGACAUCUCCAUAUUUAUUUAAUUCAAUAUUCACCUGAGCCAAGGAGCUCCUAGGAUCAGUUACUGUUAAUAAAACAUCAUCAGCUAAUGCUGAUAUUUUUAAUUCUCCUCCUGAAAAUCCAAAUCCUUUAAUUUGAGGGUGUUUCCUUAUUGACUGUAAUAAAGGCUAAUGGCCAAAACAAAGAGGAGAGGGGGAUAAAGAACAUCCCUGCCUUGUUUCAAUCUUGAUAUAAAAGGGAUUUAAAUCUUGCCCAUUCACCUCGAUACUAGCUGUGGGUUCUGAGUACAAUGUCUGUACCCAAAAUCUAAACCUCUCGCCAAGCCUAAUUGCCUCUAAAAUGCUGAAUAGAUAGGACCAAUCCACCCUUUCAAAGGUCUUCUCUGCAUCUAUGGCAAGCAGGACUGUGGACGUCCUUGACAUUGUUGCUCCAUGUAUUACACUAAGUAUCUUAGUGGUGUUAUCCCUUACCUCCUUGCCUGUCACAAAGCCUGCCUGAUCAAGAUGGAUUAGUCCAGGCAAAUAGGGCAUUAAGCAUAAGGCCAACAUCUUUGCAAAGAGUUUUAGGUCUGUGUUUAUUAAGGAAAUUGUCUUAUAACUCCCACAUUUAUAAGUAUCCUUCCCUUUUUUAGAAGCACUAUGAUUGAGGCUCGUAACAUGGGAGGGGGUAAAGCACUUUCAGGGCCCAUAGAGUUGAAUGCAUUAACAAAAUGUGCUGCUAAUUGUGAUUGAAAAGUUUUGUAAUAAAAUACUGUGAAGCCAUCUGGCCCUGGGCUUUUCCCUUGUGGCAUAUUUUUUAUUACCCUUCCAAAUUCCUCUGUUAAUGGAAUCUCUAAGCUAUUAAUCUGAUCGUUCAAUAUUCUCUGAGGUAGAUUCAAAUUUAUAUAUUCAUACCUAAAGUUCUUUUUUUUUUUUUUUAAUUCUUUAUUUUUCGCAGACAACUUAAUGAUAGACAUUGCGUAUAACAUAAUCUUCAGAGCAAAACAUUUCGAUUAACAAUAUACAUGCAUUUGUUGAUUAACAAUAUACAUGCAUUUGUUAGGGUCUCAUUGAUUGUGGAUGUUAUUUUAAUAAAGUAGCUUUAUACCGCCGUAUACAUGCCUCAAGUGUUUGCUUUAAUAGCUGUAGAUGUCUAAGGCAUAUUUGGCCUUGUGGUAACAAGAAAUAAAAGUUUAAAUGGUGUGUAUCUAGAGCGGACUGGGCGCUGUGUGAAUACAGCUCCACAGAGUUGAGUGGAUGUAUGUUGGUACUAGCAUGGAGCUGGGGGGUAGGUGGUAUAGAAGGAGCUAGUGUACCCAGGGUUAUCCCGGUCAUGGCCCGCUUAGGCCUGAAAGGUAGCAGGGGUGGGUAAGGCCCUUCCCUGCAAGUAGUGCAUAGCUUAUUAUAUAAUGUAGUACUUAAGAGGUGCAUAAACAAAGGAAAAUUCAACAUUAAACUGUAAACUUAUGCUUCAUCAGAGAUGCAUAUGGAAAAGGCUGGCACCAUGGGGAGCAUGGGCCUUAAAACAUAAAAAGGUAAAACUUAAGAAUAAUCGCAAAGUCAAGUAAUCGCCCUGGUGGAUAAGUUCCGAUUCGCUGGGGUGAAUGGGACGAUGUUAGCUGGGUCCCACUCUGUAGGUGCAGGUGUUGCAGGCGUUGCGGUGUGGUUCAGGCCUAGAGUAGUCAGGGCCACCUCGAUCUCCAAUGCCUCUGUCACCCUGAGCUUCGUGUUCUGAUGUUUGAUGAGGAGGAAGCGUGUCAGACAACAAUGGUAUUUGAUACCCUUUGAUGUCAGUAUGGACGUGAGGGGACGCAGUGUUUUCCACCACUGUAAGGUCGGGCGGGAGAGGUCAGAGUAAAAGGUAAUGUCCAUCUCCUCAAACCGAAACGGGGGUUUUCCUCUUACUGCACUCAUGAUGGCAGCCUUGUCCUGGCCAUUUUGAAAUUUGAUCAAUAGGUCGCUGGUGUUGGAGGCUGUGGCUGACGGAGGCUUGGGGAGAUGGAACAUCCCAUCCGAUGUGAUGCCCCUCGCUUGUUUGGGAGAUAGAAGGGCUGCAAAGAGCCUGCGCAGAAGGUGUGGUAGUUCUGCCUGGGUGAUGCUGUCUGCGAGAACCCUAAUUUUCAGGUGUUUCCACCGUCUUCUAUCUUCCAUGGCUGCAAGCUGGUGGCUCAGCAUGUUGGAGCUGUGGUAAGGGUGCCUAUCUGUUGCUGCAACUCCAGAAUGUGUGCUGCGUGCGUUAUGGUGGUAUGUUCGACUGCGUCCAGGCGUCCAUUGAACCCCUUGAGGUAUUUCUGAUGAGAGGUUUUGGCGGAGAUCCGCCAGGAGACUGGUAAGGAUUUCCGUGGUGAGUGGCGAUGAACCCUUGUUUGCUGGCAGGGUAGGCCUGUGUGGCUUUAAUACCAAAUCCUCCAUAUUGUGGAGAGAGUAGUCCUCUGAUGCAUCAGAGAAAUCUCCCUGAUCUGCUGCCAUGUCAGAUCUCCCUGCACCAUGCAGCCCUGUCAAGAGGUCCCCAAUAUCGGCGCAGAAUCUGGGUCGAUCCAGUCGGGGCUUUUUUAGUUUUCCGCCCCAUCGUCUGACAACACCCUCCGGCAUGUGUUGAGGGGAAUACACCCCGUAUCUCCACUUAUUUUGGUUGCUUUUUGUGCCGGGCUAUCGGAGCUCAGGAAGCCUGCGGCCGUUGUGGUUAAGAGCUAGCCCCGCCCCCUAUAGUCCUUUUUAUUUAUUUUUUAAAUUUGUAUUUUAUUGGGUUUUGUACACACAGUAUACAUUUUUCCAUUAUAUGGGUUAUUAUAUGGGUUAUAACAGGAUCUAGUAACAUUUAGUUGGGUUACAAACAUAGCAAUAAUCACGGAAUCGGUUAAAUAUCAGUUAAGUAUGUACGGUAGCAUUGCGAGGAACCAGGUUACACGUUUCUAUCUUUAUACGGAGACCCCUGCUUAGUGAGGUUGCGUGAUUCUAGCAUUUUCAACAGACUUAUUCUGUGUAUGCAAAGUCAGGUAAUUAGGGCAUAGACUUGGAUUAGUGGGUUAAAAAUAUAAGGAUACUCCCUCUGACUCUAUAAACAUAUAUACACAUGAAAAACAUUACUAUAAUAAUAAACAUGACAAGUGUUGAGUUUCUCAGUCCACUUGUCAUGUUUAUUAUUAUAGUAAUGUUUUUCAUGUGUAAAUAUGUUUAUAGAGUCAGAGGGAGUAUCCUUAUAUUUUUAAUGGACUAGGGAGAUUGUAUAAUUUUUGAUAAUAUGAAUGGAAAGCAUCCGCUAUUGCGUCUGUCGUCAUAUGCAAUUUCCCUGAGUCAUCUAUAAUUUUUUCUAUGUAUGAGUUUUGACAUUUACAUACUAUAUUGACAAGGUAACUUUCCAAAACACCAGAAAACCUGUUCAUUAGGGGUACUGUUGUACUUGUGAAACAUCGCUGAAUACAAAUAUGUGCAUUUUAUUGCAGUAAAAGCUAACGGUAUUAUGACAUUCACAGUUAAAAUGAAAAAAAUUCUUAGUUUCUAACACUUUUUUAGAUUUUAUUCAUAAUAAUUAUAUAUAUGAAUAGUUGCUGUGAAAUGAAAACCCUGUUUCUCCUGAACAAAAUUAUAUAUAUAUAAUAAGUGUGGGUGCACUUAAUGAAAGAGGUAAAUUAUGGUUGAAUAUACAGUGCAAAUUCCAGGUUUUGUUUACGUUUUGUUUUGAUCAGAAUGUGUAGAAUUGACUCAGUCCUUAAGGGGUUAAUGUCAGACGCAGGCAGCUGAACCUAAUAAAUUGGUGUGCAACUCAACAUAAAAUCUCUGAUAAAUGUGCAUCAAAAGCACAAUUAUAGACCCUUUUUAAUCAUUUACCUUGUUGGUCAUUAAAAAAGAAAUUCAAAGAAGCCUAGGGGGUCAAAAUGACCCCACACUAUAGUAUGAUGUGGACAGACAUGUGUACAAACCAGUGAGCAACCAGUGGCUGCACAUUUUAAUAAAAAAAUAGCGACUGGGUAGCUAUUGCUGCCCACUCACUAAUAAAAUGAAAAAUAUUCCCACAAAAGUCUCAAGAAAAAACAAUUGCAUAGAGUGGGAAACUCCUUAAAAAUGCUUUUCCUGACAUGCAAGUUAAUUCUACGCAGAGCCAGUCACUGCUAACCUUAAAUUAAUGUUUAAUGCUUUGUGGGGUCUUUCUGUUGGAAUGUACAUCUUCCUUAUAUAUUUUAUUAAUACCUCCACCCAUUGCCCAUUGGUGGGAGCUGUGGGGGACAUGAGGUCUCCCCAAAUUAAGAGAUUAUUAGCCACACCUACUGCCUAUGGGUGUGGGCCGAGGGGCCAUUAGGUCCCCCUGUUAUUUAAUUAUUAGCAUUAUCUUCCUGAGUCUACCCCAGUCAUUAUAUGUAUUACCCUGCCAAUCCCCCUCACCCUAAUAAUAGUGCAAUCAAUACACAGAAGGAAUAAACUAAAUAUCUAAAAAUGUAAAAAUGUAAUACUUACCAUUAGAUUUUUUUUUUCUAAAAACUUUUAUUUUUUUCAGCCCAAAAAAGGCUAAAUAAAAGUCCAUAAAGCUCAUCGAGCUAAUAAAAUUUAAAAAAAAGACUCGAUCGCAUUAAAAAAAUGCUAGCCAAAAAAAAAAAAUCCCGACAAUAAAAAAUAACCCAUCUUCACCCAUGGAGGGCUCUGCGCAAAGUGAACUCUGCUGGGUGGGAAAAAGGCUUAUAAAGUCUUCCCAUGCCAAUCAAUUUGAAUCAGAGUGCUCUGACAGGUAAAUCUUGAGCCUUGCAGAGCUCCCCGCCACUUCUAUUUUUACACAUUACAAGGAGGGAGCCGGUAGAGUUCAUUCAUAAGCAUUUACAGUACAUUCAUAGAAAUAUUUGGAUAAGAGCUCAAAUGGCAGUUUAUAUUAGAUGUUUAGUGUUCACCUACUUCACAGCUGAUCACUGUUUACAUAUGGAGGAGCAGUAUCAGUAGAUAGCAUUUUAACUCAAUAUCACACUUAUCAAGGGGACAGAACCAGUGCCAGUGAGAACGAGAGAGAGAUUCUGACUGACAUCCCAAUUGGCUAUAACCUUCAAUUGGGGUAGAAAUUGUAAACAGACGAUAGGAUGGAAGUAAAAAAAACAAAACUGGUUGAUCUGGGUUCCUGCAACAUAGGUGCACUGCUCUGCCAGACUCCACAGCCUAUCCAAAACAAAGCUUGACAAAGGCCUCUGUUUAGGCCAAAAUGUUGCUCCUUUGUUCCUAUAAAUCUGCCUUUUGCAAUAUCCAUUGUGUCUGGACCUAAAUUUCUUCAUACCCAGACAAAGAUGGCACCUGGAGAGAUUUAUUAUUCUGAUGACUAUGGCAUGAAUGAUAAUCCUGUGGCUUUACCACUACCAUGCGUAGGAACAUCUUCUUUUUCCAGCCCAAGGGGAUAAGCUCAUUUAACUAAGUCAUAUAUUAAAGCCCUGCUGAUAGAUAUAAAAGCUAUGUUCCAGGCUGACAUGGCUGUAGUCAGAGAGGAAGUUUUACGCUCAUAUAAUAAACAUUUUUUGUUGCUUGUAAUUUCAUUGUGUUAUAAUGGCUAAACUAUGUAGGUUACCAUCUAUUUUGUUACUUAAUUAAAUGUGUUUUCUCCUCCACAUUCAUUGUUAUAUAGAUUUAUUUUAUUUUAUCUUAUUAUUUCAAAACUGUGUAAUCUACUAUGUGUCCGUUCUUAUGAAGGAGUUCAGAUUCACUUAUGUUCUGUUAUUAUGCUGAUAUUGUGUGGAUCAUUUUGCUUGUUUGUGACUAAGCACUAAUCAGCUAAUGCAGCUCCUGGUCUCAAAGUAUUAACAUGGAUAGAUAUGAAAUGUUAAUAUAGUGUUAAGACCAAACAUAAUAUCUGUAAUUAAAGCCACUGAGAAAUAAGAGCAAAUUUUACCUCCAAAGGAGUUCUUUCUGAAAUAUUGUUAAUUAGUCACUGACUCUGCUAGCAAUUGCAAUUAAGAAAACAGUUCUUCAUUACUGCAUUUCCUUAGCUAGAUAUGCAUCUCCUAUUGGUAUUGAAUUUAUAAUUCUUCAUAAUUCUUAUUAAAAUUGUCCUUGACAAGAUGCUAUACCCACCUUCCCCCUCUUUAUUUCUCAUUUGAAGAGUUGAUUUAAUAUUUUAUUGUCAUGAGAAUGAAGUUUGAAACUUGAUGCAAACUAAAACUUGAAAUAUCAACUGGCUUAGUAGGAGAUUUUUAUUAUUAAUCAGAUUUUCUCCUAAUUAAUAAUGCAUUCCUUGCACAUAAUAACCUCCUUUGAUAUUGAUAUGAAUCUCUAAGUUGCUGUAUUUGUACAAACUUUAUACCGGUCAGCAGGCCAUUUGGGAGUUCAACAGUUUUGUUCAGUUUUAGCUCCAAAUAUUUUAAUUGUUUUCACAUGGACAUGGUCCAUUUCAAUAAUUUAAUUGUCCUGAGAUUCUUAUGUGAUAGAAAGAUAUUAAUGUAAUCAAUAUACUUUAUAUUUAAAUAUUUCUAUAGGUAGCAGCACAGCAGAAAGAUUCAGAAACAACUCAGCGGGCUGAGCGAGAAGUAACCAGGAUGGUUAUUGCCAUGGUGCUAGCAUUCCUUAUCUGCUGGUGUCCCUAUGCUGCCUUUGCCGUGGUGGUAGCAUCCAAUAAGGACAUUGUAAUUGAACCCACCUUAGCCUCAAUGCCUUCAUACUUCUCAAAAACUGCCACUGUGUACAAUCCAGUUAUCUACGUCUUCAUGAAUAAGCAGGUCUGUAUGAACUGAGGAUCUGACUGCUUGCCACAUUGUAGGUUGUAAAAACUAUAUCACUAAUAUUAAGCAUGUGCCUUAAUGCAAACCUUAACCAAUACUUGUUAAAGUACACUGUAGGCACAUUUAGUGCUUCAUCUCAUUUAAGUGGUUAUAGUACAUAAAGUACACUGAUGUCAUCCUUCCAUGCAGUGUUAAAUGAUCUUUAAUAUUUUAAUGCUAAACGAGAGUCCCCAGAAUCCAAUCCUCUCUGUGCUGCUCAAGAUAAUGAGGACACGCUUGCCUAAACAGCAUUGGUCAGCUGGGAUUGCCUGAGACUGACAGAUGAUUGGUUUCAGCCUAUCACAGCACCCAUAGCUAAUAUGAAUUGGUAUGGUUUGAAGAAAGUCUGUAAUCUCUACCUAAGCCAUACUUCCAAUGGGGACUAGGAUUUGGUGGCCAGGGACCCUUAUUCAGUGGUAACCUGUUCAAAAAAUAAUUUAGUACUGAAUGGAGGGACAGUGCCAGGGGAUUCUAGGCACUAUAACCAAUUUAAUGAGAUUACAUGAUUAUAGUGUCUAAAAUGCCUCUUUUACUUACAAAUUCAAAAACCUGUUUUUUCUAUAAAUCUGGGUUACCAACAGGUAGACCCCAGGGAUUGUAAAAAUACUACGUCUCAACACAAUGCCAGACCUUAUUUAGCAAUGCAGAUGACUUUACCGUGAACUUCAAUUUUGUAAGAAACCUAGCAUUCGUUUUAUUGAUGAGUUUGCUUUUAUUCAAACUCAGAAUAACCUCCACAUAAUAACCUAUAGGGUCUCUCUUUCUUUGUAGUUCCGCAAUUGUUUAAUGAGCAUUUUGUGUUGUGGACGCAACCCGUUUGGAGAUGAUGAGUCAAGUACAGUAAGUGGUCGUACAGAUGUCACUUCAGUGUCUGAAGGGGGUGGAAAUAAGGUCACACCAGCAUAAGCCUACUGAUCUCCAGUUCCAGACUACCAAAAAUCCUUUAGAAGAAGACAGAAAAAGUGUUGUUUUUCUUUUCUAAUUAUUGCAAUAAAGCAUUAUUUGAAUUAUAUGUAUUUCUUUCAAUUCUCAUUAUAUUCAUUAUGAAUUAAAUUAUUCACAACAACAGUCUGAAGGAGAAUUUGUAUACGUAUGUUAAACCAGAUUUCUAUCCGUGAAUAGCCUUGUCAUGAUACUUAAACUUGACUAAUAAAACAACUUAAAAG